GACAAGGCUUGCAGUGGUGAAAUAAACACGCUUCAGCCCGGGCGCAGCUUUUGGUUUACAAUUCUUACUCUUUUGACGCAUCGCACGUAACGCGCAGAGACCUGAUUUCAAUUACCUUCACCCGAUUAAUUAAUCCGUGUGAAAUUAUGUCCCGAUCGGCGCAGAUCCAGCCGGCAAGAUGAUGAUUUUACCAAGGAGAGGCUCAGAUCGUGUGCCCGACUCGGUGGUCCUGGUGAUCCUCGCGGUUGCCGCUUCCCUAGGUACCGUUUUCGCCAAGGAUACUGCCUUUGUGGAAGUGGUUCUGUUCGAGUCCAGUCCCAAUGGAGAUUAUACUACUUACACGACUGGCUUGCAAGGACGGUUCUCCAAAGCUGGAGCCACUAUCAGCGCGGAGGGGGAGAUCGUUCAAGUACGUGUAAAGUGUCUUUUUCUUGCGGGGGAAUGACAGGCGGCAGUGCCGAGAGGCAGAACCGGAACACGGGGUGUACUUUCACAUAGCUGCUCCCCUUAAAACUUUUUCCACGGGGGCUGGGGGGUUGACAAGAGUUGUAUAUGGUGUGUAUAUAUGCGUGUGUGAGAGUUUGUGUGUGUGUGUGUGUGUAUGUGUGUGUGUGUGUGUAUGCAGGCGGUGUGAGGAUGGUACGAGGCUUGCAAGCAUAUGCGGUCACAAGAUGGCUCCUAUCUUGUGGAAUUCAUUCACAGGGAAAACAUGCUCUUGCAGGUUAUUUUGUUGAUGUCUCGAGCUCAGUUGAGUGCACGUUACAGUUAAUUGCGCUUCUUCAGAAGCACGCGCUGUUAGGAACUAGGGAGCUGUUUUCCUGCAAAGUUAAAAGUGCAGCACCGCCUCCAGAAAGUAAGUUAACUUGUUGAACGAGCAUUCAGGCUGUCCUAGAGCAACAGGACUAAGAGGCUCCACUGUGUGAUUAGUAUACUCUGUGUAUCUGUUUAAAUUGUGCAUUUUAGCCGAAAUGCUUCUUGUUCAUCCGAAAUGUGAGCUCAGUGCGGCUUAGCGUUUGUUUUAUUGACCGUCCCAGCGUGCACUAACCCACAGUCCCGCCGCAAGGAGCCUCACCAUGUUGCUGUAGUCAACGCUGCCUCUGAAGCUGCAUAUCUUUGGUUAAAACCUCCCUUUAAUUCUCUCCGGGCUUUAAAAUUGGAAGAAAGGGAAACUAGUGCUCAUGAGGGACGCGUCCAGGUUUCUUAUAGCCCCUAUCAGUGAGAAAUGGACUUAGCUGGAACUGAUCUUGGAUCAGCCAUCCAGCUUUGAUUGAGUAGCAGUCACUAAGAUAUGAAGUUUUCCCCAUGAGCCAGUUUAUUUGAAGUUUUUGGCCGCUGUUUGUGAAAUGAGGAAAGAGGUCAGGGUCUGGUCUUGUAAUAAAUAUGUUAAAUGUUUUAUCCACUGACCUCCAACACGUCCUUUGCUAUUAUGGAAAACCAGCUCUCUGUGAGUUCUUUAAGAGGCAGGUGUCCAACCUUUCAUUUUUAACCAGUUCCCUCAAAAGUAAGUCAUCUUGAUAAAGUUUCUGGUCGAUAGUAGAGUCGAGUUGGAUGUCAUUUAAUGAGAACUUUUCUGAUCUCGCUCUAUUUAUCUGAUCAUCAGGAGAUGACAGAUAAGCAGCCGCCAUCCCUCGUGAGAUGCCGGUUGUGUCUUUGUUUUCAACUCUUGUGUAAAAGCCAGUAGCUGCUGAAGUGUGACCUCAGACUGAAGAAACUAUUGAGCUCAAUGAGAUCGUUGGUUUUUGGUGGCAGGCCAGGUUUCAAUGCAGCCUUUGAAGAGAAAGAGAGUGAGAGAGAGUUUUUUUGAGGGGGUUUAAUGCUGAAAAUACACAAUUUGAGUUUAAUCAAGUUCACCACUUUGAGUCAAGUGCAUUCCAGUCCGCGACUUCAAAAGACACAUCAGAUAUAACAUGGGGCUUUUGCUAGACUCAUCAGGACUGGUCUUCAUUUGCAUGUUUGUCUCUCUUUAGACAUGCACACACAUUAUCUUUACCCAUGCAGUUGUUCCUCUUUCACCCUUUGCAAUAUCUGCACCCACAACAGAGCAGCAUCAUUUUAGUGCAAGCACGCCUUUUCACUCCAAAUCGGACUCCUACUUUGAAAUAAAGAGGAUAUGUGGGGAUCAAAGGAGGGGAUACUCAGCAUAAAAAUGGCCCCUGUUUAUACUCAGUGAUGGCCAUUUGGCGCCACUUGAAAACCACACAGAAAUGCCGGACCUCAGCUUUACAUUGAAAACCACAUCUAUUUGGGUUUGCUUUCUUUGCUAACAUAGCUCUUGACCACUUAGAGGCAGCUUAUAUUUUGUCAGGCUAUAAUGAGGGGCAGUUGGUCCGGCAUGGCGCACUGUCUUGAAUUUCUUGCAACAUAUAUUCUACCGAAGAUUUAUGAAAGUUGACGCUGACAAUGAAUGACAACCGUACAACCUGAGGUGUAUAAUUUUAAACUGGUAUCAAAUUUCCCACUUGCAUAUUCUAUACUUCUGGAAUAACAUUGCAGCAACGUGUUGGGAAAUUGCUGCGGUGUUGUAACGGAUAUAGUUUUACACUGGAAUCAGGCUGAACACAAAUAUUUAGGUAGUGCUUUCUCUUGUCCGCAGUGACCUCCGCAACCAUCACACUUGUCUUCUUUUUGCUCUCAAGGUUCAAGCCGACUUCUGCUUGCUGAAUAGGGCGCUUGAUUUAGUCUGAGGUUUACGAGGCCCUCUGCUCCUUCCCUCUGCUGUUUGAACAGAGCCCUAAGGGGUUUGCGCUGUCUUGUGUGUUCAGUAGUGGCCAGACCUCAGCAGGUAUGGGUUCAAAUGCAGGGGAAAUGAGGGGCUUGGCAGAGUUCCUGAGUAAAAACCCAACCAAAUCAGCACUCGCACACUCCUCACUUGCAUUUACUAAUUCCCCCAGGCCAUCACCCGCUCAGCUCUGCCCGAAAGAGUGCGAAAAGUGGCAAACAGUGCUGGGGCCAAAAAUAAUAAAUUAAGUUAAUUUGCUCCUCGCUCUGCUCUGAGGGGGGAAGCAUGACGAUGCAGAUCUGGCCACAGAACCAGACCCCAGGCUUCCCCAAAGCCAGUUGCAUGAUUGCUCCAGUUCAGCUGUUAUAGCAAGGUAAUCAAUGUCUCCUUAAAUCAUUCUGUCAUGACAUGUGACUGAGUGUGUGUGUGUGUGUGUGUCUGCAUUAACAGGCAUUCCCCUAAGACGAUUUUAAGAGCUGCUCUUGGCAACAAGAGUAUUGCAGGUUGCCCGUCCUUCCAGGUUGUUAAUUGUAUUCACCUAGAUUGAAGCACUUCCUCGAUGGCCUGGUUCAGCGAGUACUAGAAAUGCUUUAAGCUCAAGUCAUUUCUAGUUUCAGGGCUCCAGACCAAUGUAAAAAUUGCACAGUAAUAGCAUAAAGGCUGGAGAAGACUUGCAGUACUGUUCUUUUAGCGGGUUGACUUGAGUUAAGCAUGUUAAAGCAGAGCAAUGAUGGCAUGACCUAGCCAGCUCCUGAAGUUCCCCAGUCAACACCAUAAUUUGCACAGCCAGGUGUGAUGGAAAGCGCUUUGUCGCCUUGAUGUAAUGAUAUUUCUGAAGGUCCAAAGGAUGCGGGACACUCAUAUUGUCUGUUAUCAUGUUUUGCUCUGCCAGUUUGAUGUAAAGGGAAACACCAUCUGCUGCUCAUCACUCUCCAUUGUCUCCCUGACGCCAAAUUGUCUUUCCUGUAGCGAGAUGAGCGGUGCUUCAGUGCACAUCUGCCUCUGACUUCCAGCAGGCCCGUGCUGUCAGCAUGUGAGUGAGGAGCUGGGGCAGGGACGUGGCAGGGGCACCCGAAGGACCAGAUGGGACUCGCAGCGUAGUCGUCCAGAACCCAGAGGGUAUAACGUGGCUUUUGCAAACUUCCUCUCAGAAGGGACACAGAGACAGGGGGACAUCCUCUGAAUCCAGACAGGAAGAAGUGGCUCUAGCCUCCCAACACCCAUGAGCUGCCUCAACUUUGAACUUCAUCCCCGUGCACAUGAAGCGCCAGUAACUACAGCGGGGAGACUUCAUGAUGUGGUUCUUUGAAAGUGGCAGUUUUUCUCCGGCUGGAUGUGCAGGGGGAAAGUGGUGGUUUCAAGCUAAGACAACGAUGAGCUUAAAUACUAGAGCUCCUACCUUGGAGCUGGCAAGAGUUGUGUCGCGCUGCAUUUAGACUAUAAUGAGAGCUUUAGUGGUUUAAGGCAUCCAGCGCGCUUUCUCACCACAGGCUGGAAACCCCAAGAGGCCAUAAUGGGCCGGCCCCAGACGGGAGGUGCCAGGGACCGGGCCACUCCCAGCGCCAAAGCAACAGUAGCAGUACACAAACGCUGGUUUAAAAGGUUAAAAGUGCUGCUCCCUACUUUUUUCCAUUUAUUGGCUUGGCGGUCGCAGCUGUAUUUUAAGUGCUAUCGUCUCUUAACCGCCACCCUGUUUCACUUUCAUGUCCCAGCCAAAGUAAUUUGAGGCUGCGUUUCUCCCCUUUUCGGAAUAGAACAGACUAAACUGUUUUUCUCUUUUCUCUUGCUCAACACCCCCCUCCCACACACACACACACACACACACACACACACACACACACACACACACACACACACACACACACACCCAAACACUCACACACACUCUCGCCCCCACCUCUACUCUGGUCUUUUUGAUUCAGCCAAAAUUUGUCAUGCAUCGUAUAUUGUAUUUGAAUGACUCUAAGUGAGAAUUGCACCUUUUCUAUAGCCAAUGUGCGCUAAUGAAUUGUUAAAGUUUAGCUGUGAAGGAGUGUCUCCCUGGACGACAAGGUUUUAUUCUGCAAAAUCCAUAAAAUGGAUUAUCCACUGUCUUUUAUUUUCCUCACUAGGAUGGUUUUCUUUUUUUGUCGUAAGAGAAAGUGACAGCUGAAGAUGGAGAGGAUUAUUAGAGCAGAACAUGAGGGUGAGAUUCGGCUAAAGAGCUAGGCUGAAAUAAAGGCUCUUACUUAUGGUAUAUGCUGUUCUGGGUGUGCUACCAGGGCCCAUCAUAACCUGUCAUUUUUAUAAUCAAAUUGCUUUAGGGCAAAAAUGCUCAAAAGUACAAGUAAAUGUUGGAAAAAUGACAAACUGACACUAUCUAUCUAUCUAUCUAUCUAUCUAUCUAUCUAUCUAUCUAUGUGUAUGUAUGUGUGUGUGUGUGUAUAUGUGUAUAUAUAUGUAUAUAUGUAUAUAUAUAUAUAUAUAUAGGCCUGUCGCGAUAAUCAAUAAAUCGCCUUAUCGCUCGAUAAAUAAAAACGAGGUCGGUCAUUUUUCCAGCCUCGAUAAUUAACGUGCGUUUGUUUUCCUCCUCUCUUUCUACCAAACACGCUGGAUGAGAGAAGAGGUCUCACUCUGCGCAUUUUUCUCGGCACCUGGGGGCGUUGGCUCUAUAGCGGAAUGAACGGAGUUAGUGAACCCUCCUGUCAGUCAUUCAGUAUCUUUGUCACGGGGGGCGCGCGUACAGGUACACGUAGGCGCGCACAGGCACACAGACACAAACUUUUGGAUACAGUGCUGCAAGUGAGCGUUGUGAGUGAAAAGCAAGCAAACAGAAUGAACACGACAGCUUUGGUGUCUAAACCGAACGCAACAGCCCAAGUGUGGGAAUAUUUCGGCUUUAAACCACUUUUGUUUUCGUCAACCACGAAACUCCACGUGUGUGUGCGCGCGCGUGUGUGUGUCUGUGUGUUGGAGGAGCACGGCAGGCUGAUGAGAGCUGUCAGAGCGGACUGAAGCUGCUCCUAUAUGUUUAGCGUUUAACUGACUGAGUUUUGCAACUCUGUUCGUCAUUUUCGUCUCGUCCCAUCAACGUAAACGCACUUUCGUCUCGUCACAUUUUAGUCAUCUCCGACUUAUGUUUAGCUCGUCAACGUUACGUCUUCGUCGUGGGUGAAAUUAAAGUUUAUCACUUUUGACAGGGUGUACUCGCAUUAUUAUGCCAUUUAAUAUCAUUAUCUAUAAUUUAAAAAACGGUGUCAAUAAUAUCGUUUAUCGGCAAUAAUUUGUAGCACAAUUAUCGUCCAGCAAAAUUUGUUAUCGUGACAGGCCUAUAUAUAUAUAUAUAUGUAUGUGUGUGUGUGUAUAUAGUGUUUCAGAAGCAUUAACUUUUGUGUUUUUGCUGCUUGAUUUUGAUUGGUUGGUCAGAGAGGAGUGACACUGUUCAGUAUGACAGUUGUGAAAAUUUUGCCAUUUUCUUUUGUGAGUCGGUGCAGAAAUGCUACAAGUGGACAUAGGCCCCUAAUUGUAUCAAAACAUAACAGUAGAUAUGUGAACUCUGAAAAUACAAGCAUAAAAUGCUUCUUUAGCAUUCAGCUAAAUGAUUUAGUUGCUAUCAGGAAAUUUUCAGGUGUAUGUCAGCUUUGAAAAACCUGAAUCCCUGUCGGAUCUAUUUGUGCUCAUUUGGGCCUUUUCUUUUUUUUCAAAUGGCCAAACUGUCUUCCAAACUUGUAGCCCGUGCCUCUCUCUUGCUGCACCUACUGUUGCUCUUUCUCUGUAAAGCGUCUCAUUCCCAGCUCCACCUGAAACAAGUGCAUGUUGGUACUGGUGGCCCCAGUAGCUAUGUUAGUUUCCACUGGGCUGAGUGGCUCAGUAGAUCUUUGAUGUUCCACUCAAAGAGAGAUUAGCAGGCACUCAGUGCUUGCUCUUGCUUUCUCUCUGGCAUCCACGCCUUUCCCAGGGGAGUCCUAUUCCCCAGCGCCACUCUCCUCCUGAUCUGUUAUUGAUUAUGUGUCUGAGCUCAUUUGUAUGAACGACUUGUGUUUGUCCUCUGUAUUACACUCUAGUGAUGAGGAAAUGUUAAUUCAGCCCUUCCCUGAGGCUGUGGUUCCUCUGUGAUGAGUGCUGGGAAAUGCAUUCUGAGAUAAUGUUACCAUAUGACAGGUGAAAAAAGUGAUUUUCCACAGCACCUGUCUCAACUCAAGGGUUGCUUUCAAAAUGAGUCAAAGAUGAAAAAGAGUCCAAAGUGGGUUUGCUUUGUGACGAAGCCCUGUGGAGUGUCUGUGUGCAUUUGAUGAAACAGCACUGAAAGGUUCAGUCCAUCCCCUCAGCCCAUAUUUUUAUCCACUGACACAGAGGGUCUGCAAAACAAAAGCUAAGGGGUCGAGGGUUAUGAAAUGACAAUGCUCACAGUGGCUCAUCCAGGCAGAGGCAUGCUUUGUUGUCAGCCAGGAAUGUGCUGACUAACCGUGGAAGGCCACAACGCCAGCCUCCCCUUUUGUUGUACGUUUUUAGCCAGUAGACUAGGAAGGUAGCUGUGCUGGGAGUCCAUUUCAAUCAGAGCACUACACACCAUCUGCUUCUCUCUCCUCCUCCUCCUCCUCCUACCUCUCUUGUUAUCCUCAGAUCCUUGUACCCUCUGUCCUCCUACAACUCGCAUUUGUUGUCAUGAAAGGGAAAAGUCUUAUCAAACACCUUUUACACUUUGACAGGGUUCAAAGGUUUCCUUUUGUGUACAUCAUUACAUAAUUACCCCAGCACAUGAUAAAAUAUCAUAGAGCUUUUAAUGGAAGAAGACCCUGCUGGCCUGUCAAUUUGAUUCAUAAUGAUAUCCUUUUGGUGCCCAUUGCAAUUUCUCCGCUUUUUGUUCACAGAAUCCAUUACCGCUCUUGUGCACAUUUUCACCCUCAGUUUAAUGCAUCAUUUUAAUGUUGUGUGGCUCCCCCACCUAUCACAAUCCCAGCAAUUUUUUACAUGUCCCCACUUUACCUUUAAUUGAUCUCAACACAGCUGUGGAAAAGGUCAUUUAUGGUUGCCAGAUGGGGACAUGUUGCACUGUAAAAAGCAAAAUAUCUCAUGAUUGCUUAAAAAUCAGUGUCAGUUCAAGUAAAAGUUGGUGUAAACACACGCCAAACUGAGAUUGACCCAAAUAUAAAGAUAUUUGAGAUGAUGCUAUGUCAAGUCAGUGGUUCCCCCAUUUUUCUGAGUCAUGACCCCCAAUCAAAGGUCAUCAUAGGUGUUUGAAACUUCACCUCUGGCUAGCUCUUUGGUGAGCCUUUAUCUUCACCUGCAAAUUUUGAUAUGCAAUUUUUACACACAACCAUCUGGUGACCCCCCAAAAAUCACUUCCCAUUAGGGUCUACACUCCAAGGUUUAGAGUGGCUGUGUCAGGUGGAAUUGUACGUUGGGGUUUGACCAAUUAUUGGCCUUGGCAUCAAGGUAUUAUGAAGUGGAUGGUCUAUGUUUUUUAAUGUUUUUCUCAGGAUGUUGAGUCUGUCUCCUAGCAAUUGUUUCAUGGAGGACAUCACAUGGAACCUCAGCCUAGCCUUGGGUGGAAUGUAUACGAGUAUUGUUAUGAUAUGACUGAACUCCCUUAGAACAUAAUAUGGCUAAAGAGCAACUGGUCAGGCCAUUGUGUGGUUUGUAAAGCCAAAGACAAUUUUCUGUUGUGGACGAGUUUGGUUCAGGGCAGACAUUUUUUUACAGUGCAGACCCCAGCUUGUUAAUCAUGUUCCUACCCCCUAGCCCUGUAUUGGUAUCUUAAGGCUGCCUGUGUGUGCAGGUAGUUGUUGCAGUAAUGAGGAAGAUCCAGGCCUUAACACAAUGGGGCCACACUGUAUGAUGGAUUGGACAUGCUUGGUCAGAUGAAAACAAGCUGGGCUAGCUCCUCAUUUUUCCUCUGAUAAAGCACUGUGUGUCCUGUAGCUUCACGGUAAAGAUACAUCACUGCAUCUGUUCCCCUCCUCCUCCUCCUCUUCCUGUUGCUAAAGAUACGCCCUAGAUUUUGUGAAAUGAAAAAUUGUCUCUCUUUCUGUGUCAUCCCUGUAUACUGAAGAUAUCAGGGUCACAAGGUUUCUAUUUUUUGUCAGUCACUGAAAAACACUCCCACUAAGCUGAGCUUGUAUUUUUUGCAGGUUGGCUCUUUUGUGCAGCUGCACCCAAGUAAGAGCAGGCUUUUGUUUCUAGUUGUUAGAGUCACACCUUCACCAACACAUUCCGAUUUAGCUCUUGAGAGAAGUCCCCAAGGCUCAGGUGUAACUUUCCCUUUCAUGAUUCUACAAAUAUAGUAGCUUCACUCACAUACCAUGCCAAUAAAAGCUCUGUAGCAUAGCCCCAGGCUUUGGUAAAGCCUCCACAAUUCCUCCUGUCCUUCCCCUCGACCCCUGUCGGCAGCUCAGGCUACGCUACGUCCCUCUCCAGCCCCUGGACCCUGAUCAGGGAGGGGCCUGAAGGGUUGGGUGAAUAGCUGCCGGGAGUCGUGCUGCGGGUGUAAACCACAUGAAUGUGCCGCCUGAGCAGAUAGGAUCAGGCGAGGCGGGGAGGCCUGGGAGGCCGCGACGCUCGGUGCAGCUCCACGCGCUAACAUCAAAGGCAAGCGCUGAAGGGGGGGAGGUGAAGGGGGAGGAGGGAAGCAGAGAGAGCGCGAGGGUUGGGCCAAACUCUUCAAAGGCCUCUCUGAGUAAUGCCGGCCCUGAUAUGUAGCGCUGCAAAACUGAACGAUGAUGUAAUUGCAGGCCUUGGAGCUAAAUCCACUCCCAUACAAAUAAAGGUGGAGGUGUUCCCUUGCACAAGCGUGGUGAGAAAAAUACUUUUGAGUGUGUUCAGUUGAAGCCAGAGACUCGAGAAUGCCUCGGCUCUCUUCUUAUUGCUUUGCUGAUGUAGACUGGUGGAAGGAAAAGGCGCAUUUCUGUUUUUGAUGGAGGACUUGGAAUGGGGAAGAGUUUUUAUCUGAUUUCAGCAGAUAGGCUAAUCCUCAGGGCGUUUCUAAAGUACACAACAGGUGGAACAGAGUUGACAGUGUUCUUUGUAAAGUUUAUACAGGGUCUCCUUGCAUGUGCAUGUGUGAAGAGUGUGUACAUGCACUUCUCUUGUAAUGUGUGUUGGACUGAGCAUGACCACAGAUUCUUUCAAAGUGCCCCCAUGAUCAUCAGGCUGAUAACUCAUUGACAGCUCCCAUGACAGUUAAGAGGCACACACCGCGGGAAAAGUAUCUCCCUCGCUGAAAGCACAUGGCAAUAACUCACUGUUGUUGAAUUUGGUUUGCCAAAGGUUAUUUGCAUGCCUCUGAUUGAAGUUCUCCUCGCCCUUGUUGUGUGAUUGUAUGUCCCUUUGAAGUUAAAUUAGCAGUAAACAGCUGCACUUUUAUUUAUUUAGAGUUCAAGCGGAGGUCAGCCUUUUAACUCCUGCAUCCUGGGUCAGACCCGGAACUCUGAGGACUGCUGCACAAAGUCUUUGUUGCUGGUUGUAAAAGCAGAGACCUCCUCAUUUAUGACUUUUACAGGACCAUCCGGCCAAUCGCUGCUCCUAAAAAGACGGAGACACAAGGCUUCCAUGUAGGGCUGAAGUUAGUUACGACAUUUCUUAUAUAAGUUGUCAAUUAAUUAAAAAAUCAUUCUCUAAUUGGCGUGUUGGGCUCAAUCAGGCUUUUCAUUUUUACUUGAGUGACCGAACAAGGAGCAAUCACGGGGUGUUGAGACUUAACUUUGACACCCAACUAAUAGGUGUAAUGAUCUUCUGCUUUGAACUCUCAAAUUGAUUUAAUUACCUGAAUUCAUGAUGAAUUACUGACUGUAAUUAUAGGAGCACUGUCUUGACCCAAAAAAACCCUUCAAAAACACUUUCAAGCCUGAUGUAGAGAUGCAUCAGAUCAUUUUGUUUUGUGAUUUUUACAGUCUGUUUUUUAGUCUGUUUUGGGGGAAGCCCUGGAAAAAAUAAGGUGCAAACUGUGCUCCCGAAUGCAGACUUCAAUUUCCAUCAGCAAUAUACACUUUCCGUGCAGAUGUGUAGUUCUAUCUGAUUUCACUAUCCUGCGAGCUUUACCCACACUGUAGUUGAGUUAAGCCUAGCACGAUCAUAAAAUACAACAUAACUCUCAAGUAUCUGUCUGUGAUUUAAUCAUAUGAAUUGGUAACCUAGAAUAGAGUGCAACUCACUUUUAAGAUAAAGUUUUCAAAAGUGUUUCUUAAAGACCAGAUUUCAUGGACCUGUUUUUUUGUGCCAUACGUUUAAAACUUUUAGUUACACUCAGUUUAAAUAUUAAAAACCUUGAUGCAGUGCAGAUUUAUGAUAUGAGGAAGGGGUAUUUGCGUCCUGUACUGCCUUGCCUUCGAUGUGAUUGUCACAGAGGCAUGAGGGAGCAGGAGCAUUUUAAAGGCAGUAUUGCUCUAAGCUGUUGGAACAGGGCUGUGAGUGUGUGCACACGUCUCACUGUGUGUGAACUUCUGUCUGUGUGUUUACCUCUCAUACUUACACAUCACCAUUAAACAUUGUGAAACACUGUGACACCAAUUUUAUGCUAUUGUUGGAUCAGUAUGAAAGUACAGAGACAUAUUGACAGCUGCGCUGAGUUACAGCGCUGUUGCAGACUCACAAUAUGAUAAGGGUCAUUGUGUGUAAGGUGAAUUAACUAUAUAUAGUGUUGCUUCUAUUUUACUGGCAGUUUGAAGGGACACGGUGUCUCUAAAGUGCUGCUGUGAAAGGCAAACUCUAGAAAGACAUAAAGCUCCUGUGAGGACUAGAAAACACUAAAAUUGAUAUUAACGCCUUUUCAUGAUGUCCAAGACGAGGGUGGGGGAUAUGGGCUAAAAAAUUUUAUCACAAUAAGUUUUAUGGGUUUGAUUUUAAUGCAGAACUUUAGGGUGUCUAAGUUUGUACACCUGAUGCACCUGAAGGGUUACAGCAAUCUGAAGUUACUCCAUAUAUGGAUGACAUUGAAGGGGAGCACUCUUCGGGGGAACCCUAACCUACACACAUGGGUGAGGUAGAAAGGUGCACCUGAACAGAGAAGUCUUGAUACUAUCCUUGAUUUAAUGGAUAUGACAUUUCUUGUCAUGCAAAACGUGUCAACACUCCCGUAGUCUGACUCACCCGUCCACCUGACCUUGUAAAGCCCCCUGGCUCAAUGUGAACCUGAGUGUAUAUGAAAAGGUCAGAACAAUUACUCCUGGCCAGCUGUGUCCUUUUCUGUCCUCUUCAAAUCCAUCUGUUCACCUCUCGUUGCUCCUGUGUGUUUCUGUCAGGAACACAAAAAUGUCAAGGUGAUUAAAUUUUUCUGCAAACAAUUCUUGUGUGACAGAAAUUACAGGCCAACAAUAGGAGGGGAAAUUUGAACAAAUAUCACGUAUUUUGAGUCGAGAGAGACGGAGCACAUCAUUGUUUCUGUGGCUGUGCUUUCGCAGCUUCAGCCCUUCUAUCCAGAUUCCUCCUCUUGUCAUAUGUCAAAGUAAAACCUGCCAUAGAAAUGUAGAAAAAAACAGCACAAAGGAGACCUCGGCUAUUCUCUGCUUGGCAGGGCAUAGACAGUUUGUCCAGACACACUUGGCUGCCUAAUGAUAACUUGUCCUCAGACAUGUCAAAGAACCUCGUUUCUCAGAAUGCUGUUUUUGGGAGAGGAGAAAUCGAGUGGGAGAAGAUGGGAAUGACAGAAAAAGACGGGCCAAUACAGCCCUUUGCUAUUCCCUCUGCAUCCCACAGGCAUGUGACAAAGUCAAACUGUCACCCCCCUGGUGACAUGCAUCCCGCAGGCAUUUGGAAGUAAACAAAUCCCAGGGAUGUGGUUCUGAGAUUUGGAUGUUGGCCUCUGCAGUCGGUUGGAUGUGUCUUUCUCUCAUAAAACGGAUGGAGGAUUUAAUUUGUUAAUUGCAGUUUGAGAUGAUGCUAAAUUUGUUCUUGAUUCAGAGAAUCACUGAAUGAAUAGUUCAGCUUUUGUUGCUUUCUUGCUGAGAGCUGGUGCAAAGACUGAUCUGGGACAGGAACUAAAAAGAACAGUAUAGGGUAACAUAGAGGUGGGUGCAAUUCAUUGAUGUGUCGAUGCAUUGCGAUGCUUCACAUGACGAUUCGGCAUUGAUUAAUUAACGUUGAUGCUUAAAAUAAAGAAAUAAAAAAUAGCGUUGAUGCUUUGCCGCAAGACCUGAGCAAAAAAACAAGUUACCAGAACCUUAACAUGCGCUGCCCUGACUGUUCAGUGAGUGGGACCACAACAAACAGAGCGCGUUAGUUUCUUUGCUAAAUGGCAACAGUUUCAGUAGCCUCCACAGAGCAGCCGAUUCUCUCGCCAUCUGGGUUGACUGCAACCGUGUGGAAGUACUUUGGAUUUUAUGAGAGAACAAACAAGACGACUGACAAGACCUACGUGAUUUGCAAGAUUUGCAAAGCAAAAAUAAGUAUCUCAGCAAGACCACAAACGUGAGGCAGCACCUUGUACACUUUCAUCCCAAAACAGAGAAGGCUUUAAGUUCAGUAGGUAAACGUGCAAAUGUUUACGUAACAGUCAUACAGUCGUGAAAUAAAAUAUUUUGUGUCUUUGAUAAAUACAAGUCAAAUAUUCAAAAAACCUUAUUUAGUCUUUGAAUGUAGUUUUAAAGGAACUGAGUUAAUUGAUAUGCUAUUUAUUUACAAAUGUAGCCACAGAUGAACACAGAAUCAAUCUUGUAUGAAAAAGCAUUAAAAAUGGCAAUAAUCAAAGAAUCGUGGCACCAGUAACCGAAUCGACAAUCAUUUCAAUCAAAGAAUCAAAGCUCCCAUAAUCCAAACCGAAUAGGAUUGUGAGGUACCCUUGUUGGAACACCCCUAGUAAUUCAGUAAGUUUAUAGUAAUUGUCCUUAAUGCUGGUUGCCACACAUCAUAGGAUGGAUGAAGAAGCAGCAGCAGCUAGAAAGAAAAGCUUAGCAAUAUUUAAUUGAUAAAGCUUUUGCAGUAACUGAACCCUCUUUGUUUACAAUGAUUUUCUUUCCAGGAGGAGCUCCUAUUACAGCUACAUUAAAUUGAAUUACACUUCGAGUUAGAGCAAUUAACUGCAGUUGUGUGGCUUCUUUUCACAAUAAGGCAGAUAAUUCCACAUUAAUGGAGGAGCCACAUUUUCCUGUUAAGGUGCACUCGUCUGCUCUUCAUGGUGGCAGCUUUAGGACGCCAAGUCAGAGAAAACAUCACGGUCUUAUCAAAUUUGUGGAGAGGAAGGUGGAAAGUCUGAGUCUGCAGUCUUUAAAGGAACCUGCUGGAGAAGACUGAAGAGAGUUUUUCCCAGCAGAUGAGUUUCUUGUUCUCAAUAGAGCCUCAGUACAGAUCUGAGGGGCUUAUAUGUGAAUUGUACAGCAAUGGUUUCACACUGUACCCAUGCUUUCUAUAACACUGUGACCAAUACUAUCAGCAUGUCAGUGCCAGCGCUACAGUAAGUAAGCUCCCCUGUUUCUAAAUUCUCGUGAUUCGAUUUUGCACCAGACCAUCCUUGUGCCUAACUUCAAGCCAUUUCCUGUUGGCAACCACACGUAGCAUAUUUGGGUCAGCUUUUCUGCAGCAUUGCCUCCAGCUAAGCUUAUGGACAGAGGAUUUGGUAAGCUAUUGAUGCAUACAUUCGUCAUAAUUAUUGUUUUGCAAAAGCUGCAGUUAGAGGCGCCCGGGCAACGGGAAAGCUUCAGAAUUCAAAUUAGAGUGUGGGAUCCAGCUUUAAAGUUGUGGCUGUUGUCUGUUUUCCGUUAUAGCAUCUUAGAAAACUUCUUCGGUUUGCUCUCCAUCCCUCGUUGGUUGAUCUUGGUCGCACAUGGACUUAAAACUCCGGAUGUGUCCUCUUACCGUGCAUGAAAACAAGAAAAACAACAAAGUAGUUUGCAACAUUUUCAAGCAGUUUCACUUUUGAUAGCAUCAGAAUGAAGCACCAAAUGGCAAAGACGUAACAUUUUUAUUCCUUUCUAUCUUUUCAUAAGAUCUUUGAGUUUGGUUUCUGCUCUCCUUCUCCCUUCUCUCACUCUGUGGAGUAUGGGAGGGGGGGGGGGGUAUAAAUGUGAGACCACACAUGCUGUGUCAAUGUUUGCUAGAAUAAUUAGAGACAAUGUGGGCCAAUAACGGGAGGAGUGCAGUAACCUGAACUCACUUUGUUCUGCCUCGGCAGCAACACAAAAGCCAUUCACAAACGCACAGAUCUGCAGGCUCAGAGCAGGAGAGCUGCACUUUUUAGCCCGAGCGCUGCACGGCUCAGAGGAUCUGCAGGAAAGUGGAUUGGUUUCUAUGGAUCCUGAACAGGCCGCUCCUGGUUCUCCAUUUGUGUGCGCUCAAUGUGAUGAUGAUGUCACUCCAAAGGCCUUUUAAGCACUGUACAUCCCUGCCACCUCCCAAAAAAACACCCCCACCCCCCCACCCCUGUCACCCUCCCCAGUCAACCAACACAUGGCGCGGGCUUAGAGGACCCUCUUUAACCAGAGGAUAUCCGGCCACUCGGUAUGCAAAGAGCCUGUGGAUUCCUGACAUGAGUGCUACAGCCGCACUCAGAGGUGACUUUCAGUGUAGCUGGACAACUGUUGGAUUAGCAGGACACUUUGUGUUGACUCUGAGCCAAUAGGAAGAAGCCCGGCCAGGAGCAGAGUGUACUUGGUUAACUGCAGGCUAAUACAUUCAACUGAGCUAUAUAUGUUAGUUUGUACCAUGAGUCAAGCUGGCCUUGAAGUGUCCAUGACAACAGGCGAGUUUUUUGCCUUUUUUUUUUUUUUUUUUUUUCUCUAAAGGGAUGAUUUCUGCACAGAAACAACAUUACACCCGAGCAGUCUAAUGCUUUUUUUGUUGGGAUUAUUCAUCACUCAUAUGUAAAUUCACUUUAAAUUUUGAGAUCCACAUCCUCAGAGUCUUUCAAUCAUGUGAUGUGUUGUCGACUAACAAUAUCUUAAGUGUGUGCUUCCUGACAACUGAACUAUGGUGCAUACUUUGCCCAUAACCAUAUUUACUAUGCAGCAUAUUGAAAACAUGCUGACUGACCAAAGAGUGCAUGCAGUUCUUAUAUAGUCAGAAUUUCAACAAAAUAUUCAGGAAGUAAAGGUGAGAUGGCUGCAUGUGUUUAAAAAAACAAAGCUCUGGAUGAACCCCAUGUAGAUAUGCAUCGUAGACCCAGUUUUUGCUUCAAGUACAUGGUACAAGGCCUGACUUCACACUAAAGUUUUGAGUAAUAAAAUUAACUGAAGUUUUGGCUCAUGCUGAUUUUAUUGUGAUGCUAGUUAUCGGCCCAGUUGAUCAGUCUAUCCCUGGUUGGCAUAUAUAUGCAUGGAUUUAAUUCACCACACAAUGAAAUAUUUUUCUCCAGUGUGGUGAAAAAUCAUCUAAAGUCCAGUAGUUUUAAUUUUAUCUGUGUAGCUUAGUGCUGCUGUGCACACACUCCUGGGUGGACCAACUGGUUUGUCCCCCUCCGGUGUCCAUCUUGAAAGAGGACACUGCUAUGGGAUGCAUACAUCCCCCUGGAGGUCCCUGGUGUCAUUGUGGCACCUGUCCCCUCCACUCUCAGCCCAUGUCGACAGCUCAGAUUUAUUUACAUUCACUCUUGUUUUCCAGAGAACUGAGCCGUGAAGAAAACUGCAGAGGUUUGCCUUGUGAUAUCUUAACCCCCCCCCCUCUUAAAUUCUCUCCGUCUUUCUGUGUUCAUAUUUGUAUCUCCAAAACCGGAAAAAAUCUUCGGAAACCUUUCAGUCUCACUUAAGCUCAUGAAGAUGAAAUUCUGCAGUAGUGCUUGCUGAAUAUAACAACAAUGCUCUGCACAGUUGUCUUCUUGUUGGGACACAGAACUGUGUGUUUAUGCUUCCUCUCAUCUUGUAUUUAUGGAUCCUUGUUUGCGUACUUGAUUGCAGUCACUUCUUGUUUGUUUUCUGGACAAACCACAUGCGUCUCGAAUCUCACAAGCAGCUCUUUGGUUCAGAAAUACACUGCACAGAGGAGCUUGUUGUAUAACUCUUUGGCCAUUCGUCUUUAUUGUUGCUCAAUUUUUUUUGACAGAACCUCCUCUUCUCUCUGUUUUUAGCCCGAGGAUACACAACAGCUUUCGUUUCUCUCUUCCACCCAGCAUUCUCCUUUAAUCAUUCUCAGAUCCUCUCUGCCUCCUUCUUAUUCUCCUCUCUUGCUGCUUCCUUUCUCCUCUCCUUGCUGUAUCGUCCUCCCCCUCCUCUCCCUCGAUCUUCCUCUCUUCUUUUUCGUUUCUUUUCACCGGGCUGAUGUUCUGUUCUGGCGGCGGUGUGUUCCUCAUCACAGCUUGUGUUUCCUCUUAUCUUCACUUCUUUUAUCAGUGGCUGCCACACAUGCCCAAGAGAAGGAAGGAUGGAGUGGAGGGGGGGGACAGCGGUGGGGCAGCUGAUGCUAUCAGCAGGUGGAGAUUUCACUACUGAAUUUAGGGGCCCAGCAUGGUCAGGGACUGGAAAAAGGUCUGAAAUGGGAACUGUGGACAGUGUCUCACCCACUGUCACUUAAACACCUGCUUUUUUAAAAGUCAUUUUUUAAAAUAAACAACACAAGUAAGGAUGAGGAUCAAAACAGGGUUCUGUUACAGAUCUGGUACCACAGAUCAGAACAAGAAACUCAGACAAUUUGGGGCUUAUCAACUCUUCUAGUGAGUCUCCUGGGUCCUGAGUCUUGAUAUCAUCUUGAGUCGAGUCUUGUCAUUUGAAUUAAAUUAGGGGUUGAUCAAUAUUGAUUUUUUUCAAGGCCAGUACAAAACAAUACAAUUUGGUGAGGUACGGUACAAUUCCAAUAACUGGUAGUUCAUGAGGCCAAUAACUGGUAUUUAGAACUAUUAUACUCUGACUAUAAAAAUGAAAAGCUUUUUGUUAAAACACCAAACUUCAGAUUAAAUACUCUCAGCAAAUUUUUAAUCUUGAAUACAGUUUAUCAGUUACAUCGCACCAUUGGACGCUUAGCCAAUCAGAUAGUGUUGUGGGCGGGACAUCAGGUGAGACAAAGUGGCCCAAGAAAACAGACACAGACAGAAAGACUCUCUGGCAGUUGAUCUUUAAGUGUUAUUGGCUAUACAAUGAGAGGCCAAUAAGCGAUAAUCAGUGUAUCCUGAAUUCAGAUCACUGGUGCACGUACUCUUAUUGAUGGUCUAAUGAGUUUUAUAAUAAAACUGCUAACAGGCGUCAAACUAUAGACAACUUCUGAUGGUCACGUUGUGUGUAAGAGCGGCUGCAUGCAUGGAAAGGAAAAUGCUUUUCAUUUAGCAAAAUAUUGUCUUGCAACGUGGGGGAACACAACCUCCACGACCAAGAAAACCAGCCUGGGUAAGUGGAAUCAAACCAACAUGGACUUCAGCUACUUUGGCUGCAGGGUAGUCAUCCUCCUCCACUCAAAGCAGCCAUGGUGAUUGCACCCAAACUUUGCAGCAAGUUGCAAUAGUAAUAAUCCAAUGGUGGAAUCAGUAUUGAAAUAGCAGCAUAACGGGCUUCACCAAUAGAUAACAUGAGUUUACAGGAAAAUACUCCCUCAGAUUCCAUGGUUAGUAGCACCUACAAAACCCUACAUUGUACAUUUUCUUUCACAUUGUAGUCUCACAUUAUCUUGCUUUACUGUCAUGGAGUGUUUUUAACUUAACAGCAGUGUUUUUCUAUGGCAUACAGACAGAUGCGGAGGAUGGUAGCAGUUCUGUGACACUGUGAAAGCCCACACCGUGUUGUGGUUUGUGGUUGCCUGUGUCUGUUUUCUUCAAUUUGAAUAAUGUCUCUUUCCCUCAGCUCCUUGUGUGUAUAACCAUAGUUGCUACACUGUCUUCUCCCUUUCUUCAGUUUGAUGUUCUCAAAUGAACAGACAGUGAUAUUAGAAAUAUCCUCCAUAAUAUCCAAUCUUUGGAAGUAAUGUUUUUGAGGCAACCUUUUUAACGGUAUAAAAGAGCCUUUCUGCAGAUUCUUUCCACAUGACUUGUCUGAUAUGGUUAUCUCUGGCAUUGCCCUUGUGACACUGAAUUGAGGACUGUUGUCAUAGAUAAUCAAGUACUGGACACAGCCAGGUGAUUAGUGAGAAAACUGGGUGAUACUACUUCAAAGGAGCUGUUCAACUUAUUUUUCAGAAGAGACCACUGUUACUGCUGCAGAUCAAAAGGCAUCACACCUUAUAUGCACCUAGCAGGGACCUUUACCUCACGCUGGAUGUGAAACUAAUUUUAAAAGGUUCAUGAAUGUUCUCCGAGGAUAUACAGUGCACGCGAGGACCUUGGUUGAGGGGAACGCAGAGAAGGAAUGAAAGGGGGGAGACUGUCGGAAAAACCAAAGCACAGGCUCACAAAAGCCUAAAAUGAUAUCGCUGGUGGAUAUCUGGAUGCUUGAGAUGCCUUGGAUGGCUGCUGUACACUUUUGGCUUUGUCUUUGCCGGGAUGAAUAGAGGCCUCUGUGGCAGUGAUGACAGGCUCCUCCGGGCUGGGCCCUGGCUGGCUGGCAGUCUAGGUGCUGGAGGUCGGGAGUCUUCAGCUCUCUUAUAGGGGCAGAGUCCCGACAGGGGAUGCUGGUCAUCCUGGUUCUCUCGACAAAAGACACUCUGUUCUCCACCUGUAGAGCUUGUUAUUGUGACACGCCAGGUACAUAUCUGCACACGGACCAUUGGUGCCAGCCACAUCCCCCUCCUGUGUUUGGUGGUUUUGACAUGAUUAUUAGGUAGAUGAACAACUGGUUUGCAGAUGUUGGAAAUAUCUCUGAAAUAUUUGCUGGAUUGGUCUGCAGAGAAUUUACAAAAGGUGUACACAUGGAUGGGUUGAUCGCCACCUUUUUGGUCACACCUGAAACAUGUUUCAAGAAUCAACAGAACAAUCUUAGAGCCACUGUUAAAAGGUAAAGAGAUGAGAUAUAGUAUGUUGAUGCUGCCUCAGAAUCCCGGGCUCACCCAGUCUAGUAUAGGAGGGUGUUUUGGAAGGAAAGGAGUCACCAUAGCUGUCCAAAGAGGUUUCAUCAUGCCUGGUUCUGCUCUAAUAUAGCACUGCACAGCUGGCCAAGACAAACGUGGGGUAAAGGCACUGCUCACUGGACUAUGUGACUCAUGCUCUAACAUGCUAGCAGCACACCCGGGGGACUCUAAUGGCUGAGGCUAGCUGUGGUCUUUUCAUGUUCUUGAAUUAUUAACGAAACAAGUGAAGGCUGUAAACGGUCCAAGGAGGAGAUGGGGCUUCCACACGCGAUGCACAAAAAGUGGGAGCUCUCCCCUCACAGGCCCCUUCACAUGCCCUCCAAGUUUAUCCCAAUCACCCCUCUUGAAGAUUCACAGAGCCUCUUUGAUCCGUCUGCUGUCCUCCCAGCUGGGAGGCCACGGGAUGCGAGCAGCCCCUUUGGUCUCCCAUUUCAUGUCACACAUUCUUUCCUUAAGGACCCGGAGGUCCUGACCCCCAGUUGCAAAGGAAUUUCAUAUGCAAAAAUAGGCCAGACAUGCCAAGCUAUUUGAAUAUCCAUCAUCCUCUUGUGUUCGUCAUCUUUGGAUCCUUUGAAUUAAGCAUUCAUCUGUAAGGUGUCAUGGUGAGGCGUAUGUUAAUUUUGGCUGAAGCAGCAACAGAGAGACCUCCCCUGACCCUUUAGCUUCCUCUGUCCUUUUAAUAUUUUCAUCACGCUGAUUAGGCAUUUCAAAGCUACAAAGUCCAGCCUUGUUGUUCAACACAAAUAUAUAGAAAUGGCUUAAAGUAAAUUCCCCAGCAGAACCACUGAAAGCCACCAAGACAAGUGAAAAACAAUAAGGAAAAUUCAGCAGGAUUGCACGGCUAUUGUUCAGUAAAGUCAAGCUCUGGUUAUAAUCGGGUGGCCAAACUGGGGCACGGACUUUUGUUGAGGUGGCCAGCCAAACGUGGAGCUUAGCCCAAUCCUUAUCUCCGCUAAUGACAUCUACUUAACGUCUUCCAUUAAAGGAUCCAAAAAAUGUGAUAAGAAGGUAACUUAGUUGAGUGGCAACAUUUAAAUGAACUGAACUGAAUCAUUUAAGGACUCAAAAAGAAAACCUGUGUCUAAAGUCACCCUUUUUAAGUACCAACACAAAAAGAAAAAGUUCCUUCUUCUGGUUACAAACAACAGAAAACAGACAGUUUAGCAAGAGGCUGUAACUGGUUGUAUGUCAAGUGGGAAAACAUGGACAUCUUUACUGUCUCCACACACCAAGUGCGAGUAAAAUCAAAUCAAAUAAAGUCAAUGCAAAGGUGCGAUUUGACGCUCCUACUACUCUGAUGGCACAAAUGACGCGAAUUGGGUUGCCAGGUGACGUAUGAAAACAGGCGGUUGUUAACUGUUACCUAAUAUGAAGGACAAACUGAUUGUGUCGGUGUGUGGGUGCCUCAAAUUAUAUGAUACCUUUUCUUUCAAUUACCACAACCAGAAGCUCGCCUGGAGGCAAGUGAGUGAGGAGGUCAGAUUACCUGGUAAAUUGUAAAAAAAAACCUUUGUCUAUCACUUGAUCCCGCCGGUUGAAGUGGCAAAUUCGAGCGAAUGAAACCAGUAGAUGACUUUACACCUCUACUUCAUUCAUACCCUGAGCUCACCAUCGUGAUUCCGCUUGUUUACUUCUCUUCUUUUGAGGUUUUGCUCCCUGGCUUCCUUACAUUUAUGCUUAGAAACCUUUUGUUAUUUUAGGGUCAAUUUGCAGAAUGAUCUGGGUAUGUAACUUGGUGUGAUUUCUGUCAGACUAACUUAUGAUCCUGUAUGUUUAAAAGUCCAGUUUUACUUGGAAUUUCUUUAAUCUCAUGUAAGUGUACUGAUUAUCAGACUGUUGGCAAAAUCUGCAGAUUAUUCAGCCAGUAUUGAGGAUCAAGGGAAAGCUUUGAGAGCCCAUCCAACUAUCACAAACUUUGCAUAUUUCCCCCAGCUUGCUUUUGGUCGCCAGUGGCAGUGUUUGCUAUGUCUGUCCAUUUUACAAUAAAUGGCUUCCAACCUACAAUCCUCUUAGAAGUGAAGCCAAAUGCCCCAGAGGUUACGGCCAGCUAAGUGCUUCCUUGUUUCUAAUAAAAAAACAAAUCAAACAACAUGGAUCCCUGGGGGUUUAUAACACUAGAGUCAUGAACUCUGGGGCUGAUAAAUCUCUUCCAAAUAUCUCCGUACAAAGGCAUGGAUGUGGGAGGAACUUGUUGGCUUUGAUUGUAUAAUUUAUAAGCCACAACGUGCUGAAGAGAGCAGAGCAGAGUAGAGGGAAAAAACUCCGACCACUCGGAGAUGGAACAGCCCUCUCGACUGUGAAAUGACCCGAUCUUUAGAAGUUGGCCAUUACCUUUUCAAACGGUAACGCUGAUGGCAGGAAGUGCUUGUGUGUAAAGCUGGUUUGAUGUUUAACUCUUCAGGGGCAGUUAUCCCAAGAGUUUGCUCAUUACAAAGCCCACACUCUCCUUCCUCUUUUUUUCUUGUUCCUCCGGCCCUGUCGGCUUCUACCUUUGGCAAGGCCACCAGCAAGAACAUGAGGAACAAUACUGUGUUUGUGCACCGCUCUGCUGCUAAACAAAUGUUCGGAGGAAUUCUGGUGCUGGCCUUGCCCCUGAGUCCAGGCUGAUCCCACAGUGACUUCAUAAACAGUCUCUGGGGUGAUCAAAAGAACAAAUAAGCCUUUAUUGAGCUAUAUGGUGAUGGAAUUAUUUCUAUACCCAUGAAAGUUUACUUUUCUCCACCCUCACCCCCAUAUGGACUAUUUGUUUUGUUCCUGUGGCAGAAAAAGACAUGUCCUUUUGCCCAGGGCACACACAUGCAUGUUUGAGGAGAUGCAGUCUUGCUGGGAUGAAGGCAUGACGCUCUUGUUUAUGCCACUUUCCCUGCCUCUAAUUGCCACUCAUGUAGUGGUAAUAUUUACAGAGUGGUUUGCACACCCACCGUCUUAAAGAACUUGUUUUCAUGGUGGUUUUUGGAGGUUAUUUUACAUGUUUUUUUUCUAGUCCUUGUGAAAUCUUGAAAAUCAAAACCAUUGAAGUGGAGGAAUCUUAAGUGUAUCCCCUCCCACAGUGGAAUGUAUGAAAUCCACAGACCCUGUCCUCAGGCGGUGGUGUGGGUUGACAAGGCUGGAGAUGAGGAGGAUUAAAUGGCUGGGUGACAUGGAUCCACACCUAGACCUCCGGUCAAUGUGGCCCUGAAGUGACUUGUAAAAGGAGACACAUGCAAGAAAAGUCAUUAGGCUGUUUUUUCUGCAGGACCUUUAAAAAGGGUCAGUUCACCCAAAUUACAGAACUCCACAUGACCUUGUUCCUCUUAUUCUGGAUAAUCCACAUAACAAGCUGUUAACUGUUUUUAUAGGGGAUGGUUUUUCCACUAAUACCCAAAUCCUUUCAAAUCCCUUAUCAACUUUGUUGUCGUUUAGUUUUUAACUUGUAUCAACAGGAAUUAAACUUUUUUUGUUGUUGUUGUUAUCGUGUUAAUUCAAGGAUGCUUUUUUGAAAAAGGAAAGUUCGGUUACCUAACUUAUUGAGCAAUACUCUGAUGAAACUGCAAACUACUUCAGAUUGGUAAGACUCAUCUGCACAAACAUUUGUCUUUGACCUCACCUGCCACCACCUGCCACUGAGAGCCCUCCCUCCAAAUCAUUCUCCACCACCUCGCCCAGGCCUGGACUUGGCCUAGCACCUUUCUGCCUUUUAUCUACGCUGAUGGAGCCAGCCAUUGAAGCAACCUCGACGCCACCCCCACCCCUCCCCAACCUUUUCUCUCUGUCUCUUUACCGCGCGCCUGCACAAUAGCCCCGCUCGGCAGAGUUCCAAGAACAGUGUUUGUCCGAUCACCACAGCGGCCCCACCCCCCUUUAUUGCUGUGUGUGGAGGGACAGUGAGUGAACGAGAGAGUGUGUAGAAGUGUGUGUGUGUGUGUGUGUGUGUGUGUGUGUGCGCAAGCUUCAUGUUUUUAAGUUACCAAAAGGAGGUGUGGCUCUAUCGUUAUGGUAACAGAUUUAAAAAAGAGGGAAAAAGUUGUGUUGGAGUUGAUUGGGAGGAUUUAAGGCUCCAUUGAGGAGUUUUAACAGGUUAUGAAACACGUAUUUUGAUUAUUAGUAUUGAUGCCUCUUUAGGACCCACAAAAGCCACAAAGACCUUCAAAAUAAGGAUUUGAGAAAUCAGAGAGCUGAGGCACAUCCAUGUGGCUUCUCUCUUUAACAAAAGCGCAAAGGUUUGCUGCUAGAGACAAGGGAACUCUUUGAAAAUUAGUUUGAAUAAAAUGCACCCCUGAACUGGUGAAUUUUGAAGAUAUGCACAGAUUUGCACAGAUUUGAUGUGCUGCAGUUAUGCGACUGGCUUCCUACCCGUGUCACUGUGUCUGAGACUCAAGUGUAGUUUUAGAGUUUCUUGGUCUGCCAGAAGUCAAACACUGAAGGCAACAAUGUGAGCAAUGAAGUCCUCAGAUUAUCAUCGGAUCCCUCAAGGUUUCUGUUACUUUUAUGAAAAGAGUUGUGGUCAAAAGGGUCUGGACUGAGAGACCCCUCCAUGAAUAUCCAGGUAACAGGUUUGUCAAGAGACUUGGAACCGUUCUUUAUCCUGUGUGUGCUCUCUCUUUUACCUUCAACUCCCCCUCAAACACACAUACUCUCACCUCCUCUCAAGUCCUAAGUCCUGAGCCCAGCUGCUCUGCCAGGGUAAGGCUGUUUUAUUCCUCUUUGUCCAUGCCACUGACCUCAGAGCACACUAGGAGCACACCUCUGCGGGGCCUGGCCCAAAGCCGGACGCUUGAUGUGGACAUUUUUGUAGCUGCGGGUCCCCCUCACCCGGGCAACCUGGCCCUUUUGAGCCCUUACCCCUCACUGUUUGCCCAGCCAAACUUCCCUCCUCAGCCAACUCCUCUUCUUCUUUCCCCCUCGCUGUGGAAGUGGAAGAAAGCUUGAGAAACAGCGUGUUGUUUUGUGCUCACUGCUCAGUUGUGCUGCUGGUGGCCGGCUUCCUAUGGUGCACCAAAGCUCCCAUUCACUUUUUCUCCCUCUCUUUCUUUCACACCCCCCAGGGAAGGAACCCCUGUUUGAUCACAUUAGGAGAAAAAGAGAGAGAUCGGUAGUGCUUUUGACAUUCCCACUAGCUUUUGACAGUCUGUGUGCUGCUGAUCAGUUUGCCCGGCACCAGCAAGUGGCCUCUUUUGAAAAUCUCUCUUUUCCUUUCUGUUUUUAGGCCAACCAUUGUGCUGCCUUUUGAUUAGACUGUGUGGGUAGAGCUUAGCAGGAGUGCUGCAUCAUUUUUCAUUUCACACUCUUCUCUUGAUUCUGUUUUCUCUAAAGCUUAAGGUUUCCAUGUUUUUUUCAAAACAGUGUUGUCUCCUGCCAUCAUGUAUGAACAGCCUUCAAUCCAGAAAAGACAGGACACCAAGUAUAAUGCUGAUUAACAGAUUUUGAUUGUUUGCAACCGGGCUGCACAAUUUUGGCCGAAACUAAAAUCCCAUUUUUUUUCUCUGAAAACUCAAUUUUAGAUCUAGAUUUUUUUAUUCAGUGACAGCUUCAACAAACUUCACUUGAAAAAUAAUAAGUUCUUCUAUCAUCUCUCAAAACGAAACCACUUAAAAUGAUUUAGUGCAUAUGCCAAGCCAUUAAGUGGCGCUGUAACGCUGCCCAGGAAAUGCACAAAAGACAGAAGAAGAGUACUGAACAUGCGUAUUAAGGUUAUUUUGGCCGGACACGUGCAGGUGCCAUAAAAGAGCUACGCUGUGUGUCACAUAAUCAUUUCAAGAGAGAUGCAGGUAGGCAUCCACACGGAGAUGAAAUGGUAGUCGUUUACAGAUUUAUGGACUCUCGUACCCAUUUACAGUCACCUGAAAUGCCAUUUCCGUAUGAAUGAAACGCCGUUUUAUUUCUGUGUGGAUGGAUUGAUACCGCCUCCAGACAGACUUUGCAACAAGGAGUGAUUUGCUCUUCAUCAGAAACUGCAAAGCCGUAGCAAUUCCACACGACUGACUUGCUCUUGCCCUAUUUAGCCAUGAAAUUAUCACCUUCUUUUGCAAACGCCAUGUUUGUUUACACUUGUGUGUGUGGGAAUUUGGGAGAACUCUUGCAGGAAGGGGGAGCCUACAGUGGCCUGGAGGUGCGAGACGUGAUGGAGAGGAAAAUCGAUUUGGUGAUUUUAAUUCUUUUAACAUCCUCAUAAUUAAGUAAUAUGAUUACAAUUUAAAAUCAAUUAAUGCAGAUCUAUUAGUGCAGCCCUAUUUUGCAGGUCAUUAUAUUUGACAAUUGUGCAAAGACAACAUUUAUGUUGAAACUUGAGUAUGUGAUUAUUUAAAAAAAAAAUUGUUUUCUCAUAUUUAAUUUGAUGCUAGUAUUUCAGAAAAGUUAAAGACAGUGGAAUUAAGUCCAGAGAAAGUUGUGUGAUGUUAAAACAAAACAAAACAAAAAAAUAAAAAAACCAGCCGGGGGAACAUCACCCUCUUUUAUUACGUUAUAUUGCUAUAGGUUUGUACAAAAAGAGCAAUUCAGACUGAAUAAGUCUCUUUGAAAUAGUUGGGAAGAAGGUUACCUCUCUUCAGGAGUCUGUGUGAGCAAGUGGUUAAAAAAAAAUUAAGAUAAUCUUCCUCAGAAUAAGAAUUCCACGAUUGGGUCAUCUUCGGUUCAUAAUAUUAUUAAAAGUCAUUAAAUCUCUCAACAACAACAAAAACAAGAUUAAAAACCAGUAUUGCUGUGAUUUUUGGGCUCCAGGGGUAGCCCUGCAUUAAAAACAGGCAUGACUCUGUAGUGGAAAUCACUGCAUGGGUCCAAAAUCACAUCCAAAAACUAUUGCCUGUAAACGUAUGCUAUUGCUGCAUCCACAAAUGUAAUGUGAAACACAUGCUUCCAUCUAGACUAUGACUUUUGUAGGGGAGACUUUGGUGGAUGAGUCAAUUCCAAAUCCGUUAUACACAUUACAACAAUGUGGCUCUGUAGUAGAAGAGUCCAGGUGCUAAACUGAGUGCUCCACAGAAAUCGUUGAGCAUUCUGAAGCCACAAAUUCAGUACAGGAGACUUUGAACUGUUGAGCAGGUGGAGUCUAAUAUCACACAAGAUUAGGACAUCUUUUCACUGUUGAAAACUCCAGAAACUCAUCUUUUCCAGAUGUUAACACAGUGCUGCUAAAGAGAACAAUGAUACAACACGAUGGUAAACAUGCCUGUGUCUCAACUUUUAAUAAGCAUCAAAUAAUAACAUUUUUGUUUUAACAUUUGAUAUGCUGUCUUUGCACUUUUUCCACAUAAAUACAGAGUUUGAAUGAUUGGCCAACUGUCAAAUCCUCACAGCCUCCAAACUUUGGUGGAAUUGGUGUUGUAGAAAAACAUGCUCUCAGGGUCAAAGAGAGCCACGGCGUUUGGACGGGCUUCUUUCCCUCAGCCUCUAAGUGCCUGUCAGUCGAAUCAUUUGGCCGUUUGAGGAGUGCGCAGUUGGUGAGAACUGUCAGACGUUUCUCGAAGAGCUGAAUCACAGCGUAGGUGCUUGGCAAUUACCCAUUUUAAAAUUGCACUUCUCUUAUCACUACUCUCCUGUUUGAGCUGCAUGGUUGGGCACAUUUGAGGAAGCUGAUGUAGUUUUGGUGUAUGACCACUUUGGAUUCAUCAGAGGCCCCCCUCUCUCAAAGAUGCAGGUUUUGAAAAAAGCUUAAAGAAGACGGCCUCUGGAAUCCUGUUUUAUUUAUGCCAAAAAUGUCCGGCCACAAUUAACCAACCACAACCAUUCUGAAUGUCAAUUUAGGUCAUUUUCUACCCUCACAAAAGCCCUGGACUGGGAGCCCAUGAAGCAGAAAAAAGCUGAUGUAAUGGGUUUAAGAAAAUCUCCAAGGGGAGUCAAACCUCACCCACACACCCCAACCACUCCAUCCCUGACCAAAAAUCCCACCCUUCAAACUCCCUGAAGCCUUCACCACCUUGGUCACCACCCAAAUAUGGCCACUUUGAUCCACGAGUAGACCAGGACUGAAAGUUUCACAGGAAGAGUUUGAGCACUUUGAUAAGAGUUUGUGAUACUGACCAAAGAGGGGAGAAAAGCUUCAUGAUUCACUGAUUUAGUGUUUGUGGGUGGGGGAAGGGGAGCAGGAGAUGAAGGCAAAGGGAAGAGGGAGAAAAAGAAAGAAAGAAAGGAGGGAGGGAGGGAGGGAGGGAGGCAGGGGGAGUAAAGAAAAGAAAUCCCAGCCUUGGCACACACACACAGACUCUCUGUGCAGGGUAAAGCACAAAAGAAACCUGUAACGCCUCCAGAUUCCUUCUAGUCGAGUAUCAAAGACAUGCUUUGCUUUAGAACAAGAGACUAGUGGGUAAGAUAGGACUGAGUGAGCCAGUGAACCCAGCACUGGCUCGGUUGGGUGCUGCGAGUUAAUCUCUCAGAUAGGAUUUUUCCCCCUUCUUCUACCUCUUCUCCUCCUCCUCCUCCUCCUCAUCUCCUCUCUCUCUCUUUGGGGAUAUCGGUAUUACUGUGUCGUUCUGAAUGGAGGUACUUGUCUUACCUGAUCAUUGGUCAGAAUAAGAUGUACAGGGAAGCUACGAAAACACCUGCAGAGGUGGUUGCUGCUUUCAAGUUCAGAUGGCGGAAUGAAUCAAAAGCUCCAUCUUUCAAGUGCUCCCAGAUUUUGCAGAUGAUAUUUCACUUUUGAUUAAAAGCAUGUCUGACUGUCACUAAAGUUUUAUUCUCUGUUGAAAGAUUCAUGCUAAUCUUUGCUAAGUUAGUCUGUUUGAUAGCACCGAUUAGUGCUGGACAAAUAAUCCAAUUAUAAUCAUGAUUUCGAUUAUGGCUUCUUACGAUCACAAAAAUGUUAUAAUCGUAGAAAGACAAUUAAUGCGCCACACAGUGUGGCGUGUAUGUAAGUUCCUGUGCUGGAAAAAUACCUUGAAUGCACCCCUUUUACAUGCAGGGGCAGCAAGCGUGUAACGUGUGUGGAUCAAUAAUAUGAGGAGCGAGCAAUUAAAAACACAGCAGGAAGGCUGUUUUUGGUCGAGAAGUAAGGUAGGACAACUUCAGAAACAUUUUGACCUCAAUUUGAUGGAUGUCGAGCAAAAGGAAAUUGUUUGUCGAGCUGUCAUGUCUGCUCCCCAAGGCAACACGACCAACUUCAGGGUUUUCCCGAUGAGCAAUUGAUAAUGACUAAAUAAAAGGGUUUCUUUUAUUUACGUGGCUUUAACUCUGAUUCAUGUGUAUCAGUAUGUGUGCACAGUCAUGAGCACUGAACGUGGCGCACACACGCCGAGUAUUAGCAUUAGCAAGUUAUCGUCGGCGAUCACACAGCUGAUUAACCCCACCCCCACGCUCCUUGAGUCGCUCUAUGACCAGGUGAUAAAGUGGCAAAAAAGUGCAAGCACGUCAGCCAGCGCCACUGCUGGCUCUUUUUUAAAGUUGUAUCUAAAGUUAAGUGUUGGUGGUUCAAUGAUACUCAAGUUUUGAAUUAAUAAUCGUCUUCAUUAAUUGUGAUUUCAACAUUAGUCAAAAUAAUUAUUGUCAAAAAUUAUUAUUUUUGCCGUAAUCGUCAAGCCCUAGCACUGAUGUACCACCAGUUAGACUGCCUGUGAAGAAACUGAAAGUGUGGCUAAUAGGCUCUUUUUUUUCUGAUGUGGGAUGCAAAAGUUGCCGUUUGGUUAAUUGGAGACCCAAAAAUGUCCUUCAAAUGUGACUGAGAGCACUUAUUUGUACCUAAAAGUCUUAAUACUCCAGAGCCCCAGAGGGCCUGUGCCAGAACACGCUACACAUGUCGUGGGUGGGUCAAAGAAAACGAAGUGCCUCCUGUCCUUGAAGCCACAACAAAGAUCUGGCGAGUAUCCAUUUGGCUCUUGUUGCCCAUAUUCUUGUCAUUCAAGGUCCUCUCUUAAUACAGGAAGCAGAUUUUUUACCACUUCUCAAACUAAUCACCUCUGAUUCAACAACAUUUCUCUGUGGUAUUCUUCCUGAAAAUGGCCUUGGCUGUCGUUCAUACAAAAUCUCAUUUCCCUUCUCAGAGGACCUUGAGCUCCGGGAUGGAGCUGUCCUCCUGUCCUCCCCCCCUCCAGGUUGUCAUGAAAGGUGAUCACGCAGCCGUUCGCAAAACCUAAAGAGCUGAAGUAAGAGAGUAAGUAAGUAAGAGAGGGGCUGAGAAAACACGAGUGAGCUAGGAAAACACUCGGUGAAGAGUCCGAGGCUGAUUCAAGGAGUGCCAGCUUUCACAAGGAAAAUCAAUCUCUCAGCCCUCCUCCUCACACCUACUCUGCAGUGUUUUCUUUAGAGGUCGCUGCAUUUGAAGCCAAAUCAUGAGGUUAAUGGUCGCUGAUAUUAAACACAUGGAGCUUCCACUCUUCAUCUGCUUCCCCUGAGUGCAGCGUGACCUUACUCUUCUGAUCCGGAAGUGAUGUAGGUGAGCACUUCCUCUGGUGUACAUGGAGACCCACUAAGUGUUUCCUAAAGAAAACAAGUCAGAGGCGGCCGAAAUCUGAAACCAGCGCUAAUGCUGGCCUCCGCUCCACCUCACCUCCCUCCUUACACCUAAACCCUCAGCUCAGGGAGGCAGGCAGGAGUCGCUCUUAAAUCACGAAAGCGACCGUCAGCAUCUGUAAAAUUUGCAAAUGUAAAAUUGCUCAUCCUGGCCUUACUGUGCCAGUUCUGACAGACUACUGUGCCAGUUCUGACAGACGGAUGCAUGCAUGGACAGACGUCCUUUUUGUUUGAGAGGUCAUCCUCAAAGUUAAGUGUUUGUGAGGACAAACCUGACCUUUACAGAAAGCCCAAUCUGUCUUCUUUUAGUGGCGGUGGGAUUACCAAACUCUCCUCCUCCUGCAGACAAACAAGCUCACACUUAUUUAUUGCAUUUAUUCUUACAAGUCCCUCCUUUCUCUGACUUCACUCUGAAGAACUUCUCUUUGAUAUUGGACCAGUUCUGCGCAUAUUUUGCAACUAAUUAGGUCAUUCAAAGUGUUUGAGUCGUUGGAUUAAGGUCGUGAUACGACAGGAGGGUUAGGCAGCUCGCCGUGGACAUGUUUGAUCUCCACAGGCCACCGAUCUCAUGUACUAUUUUCUUGCUACUGAAAUGUCAUAAAUGGUUGGUCCCAUUGAAAUAUUUCUUUGCUUUAGGUGUCAGUGUCAAAUUAUUUGAUGGGAUCCUCAAUUAAUCAGAAAGCUAUACGUUCAUCUUGAUCUUAAUUUUUGGUUCAAAAUGCAGAACUUUUAGGAGUUUGUUCCUACACACAUUCCUUUUUAUACAUCGCACUGUUGGAUGACACUUGAAAAAUGUCAACAUUUUAUUGUCAAGUCAGCUAAACACGCACAUCCUUGACCUUUUCAACCUCAUCUCUUUGUCCAUAAUGUUGUGUUGCUCUUUGUAGUUUUUUCACAGUGUGCAGGACAUAAAAGCCAUCACACCUGUUGCAAUGAAUUUCCUUAAAACUUCCAGUUGUCUUCUUUAUUUAUAUAUCACAUUUUUGUUGGGAUACUUAAAAUCUUAAAAAUGAGGCAGAAAAAAUAAGUGAAACCAGCAAAGAUCAGGCCUGAAUAAGACAUUGAAGACUUAAAAUGUCUGUUGGGAAUCUGACAGUCUGUGCUUCACCCUGUCACCUCAGACUUUGAGGGGUCUGGCUGAGGUUGCCGCCAUAUUGUCCACUCCAGAGGGCAGGGUUGGGAGCGAGACAAGGCGAGGGGGGCGAGGGUGAUAUGGGCCUGUGCUCUAAUCCCAUUCCAGCAGGCCGAGCAGCAGCAGCAGCUUGUGCUGCAUUCCACAACUCUGGGGGCUUUUGGGGGCGGGGAGGGAGGGCGCGCAGCAUUCCUCCAUGGCCGGGGCCAUCAAAGAUGCCGCGAAAACAUCAAAGGCCACUCAGAGCCAAGGUGUUGAUGACUGCAAUCCUCCCUUCAGUCCACUUUUAGCAAACCCCAACCCCUCGGCCCUCUAACACACGCACGCACGCACACACAUACACACACACACACACACGGAGUGGGACAAGUGCUCCAGGUAUGUGCUCCCUCCUUCCUCCCCAGGCUCAGCAGCCGUUCUGCAGCAGCAUUAAUCAAAGCUCAUUAAGUCGUGACUUUGACUUUUGUUUUAUGGCGAGAGAUGAAGAGUAGCGGGUCGUGCCAGAGCGGGGGAUGCCGCUGAUAUUUGGGGUGGUGCCGGCUGUGGACAUGAGAGCACUGACAGAAAUUGGCAGAAUCGUUGCUGCUUUGAAAAUGUGGAGGCCCAAAUGUUACAUAAAUCGAGGAUUAGUCAGUGGACUGAAAAAUAAUCCAAAUAGGUAAGAAUCAAUGAUGAAAGGUUUGAUUUUUGACCAUAUUUAAUGAGCUUCCUAAGUGUUAAAGUUUGCAGCUCUACUCCACUAUUUAACUCUCUAGUGAAGGUAGGAUUUUAAAAACAUCUUCAGGAAGUCAGCUAAGUGAAGAUGGGGCUUGCAAUUAACUUCUUUAUUUGCACCCAGGUUUAAAACUUAAGUAGCACCACAACAACAAUAUACUGCAAACACACUGUUACCUGCAUGACACCUCCACCCCACAGGCUCCACAGUGAAAAUAGAACAUUGUGCCAUUUUCGUCGUCUUCCUGCCACUCUCUCUGAAAACUGUCAGCUGCUGUACUGCUGGUUCAUCCACAUUCACCACAUCAACAUGACUAAACAUAAGGACCUGUAGCAUUAGGCAGCCAACAUAAGAAAUCCUCUUCUUUUCCUCUUGUCUCUACAGCUUUUCUGAUGUUGCGCUAGUUAGCUCUUGGUCAGGUGACAUUGAAACAUUGGAGGGUUCUGAAGUCUAUCAGCGGGAGUCACCAGAGUAAAAAAGGCUGAUUCACCAUAACUUAGGUCAAUCUAACAAGACACAAAGAGGUGGGGAUUGGGUGGCCAAUGAGUUGUAAAAUGUUUGUGCAGAAAAAGAAUUGAGCUAACCAUACCAGAACUGUUUUUAUAAACCAUGCUGUUGACAAGUUUAUGUUUGACAAAAACGAGCUUUGUUGAAUAGAUGUGUAUGUAGCUUCUGAUGCUUUUGCACUGAGCCUCAAGUGGACACCAGAGGAAGUGCAGUUUUUAGCACUUUCGCAUCAGCCUUAUUUCUCAUGGCAUUGCACCUUUGAGCAGGACAUUAACCAACCGCCAGUCACUGUGUUAGGGAAUAUUUGAUCGACAUCUAUAACUAGAAUCAUUAGAGGCCCUACGAUACGAUAUUAUCACGAUGCCUGGGCUACUAUUCGAUAGUAUCCAGAUUUUUAUACAUUUUGAGAUGAUUGAGUAUUACAAUACCAUUUAUUGCAGUUUGUACAGUUUUUUCAACCGCUUAGCUGAUUUAGCAUUAGUAUUUUCCUUAUUUUUGUCUUAUUGAUGCAAUAUUUUAUUUUCAUGUAGCAAAUCUUUGAAACCUCAACCUGGAGUUCAUAUUAGCAAUUACUUAAAAAAAACGAUACUUGGUGGAUGAGACGAAGCGAUAUAUAACCAGACAAAAUAUCGCAAUACUACGCGGUAUCAAUUAUUUCUUCCACCACUAUUAUCUAUAUUUGUGGUCUCACAGACUGCAUUUUGAGCUUUGUUAGUUUAUUUACUUUUGAAGAUAUAAUUUCAGGCUUUUUGGAUUUUAUUUGACAUGAACAGGAGGAUGGACAGAGCAGGAAACAGGAUGAAAGAGUUGGUAUCAUAAGAGGUAGACAGGUUGUGGGCUUUUGACAAUUAUUGGGGCCGAUAUUCAGUAUUUGUCUGAUUAUCUGUAAUGAGCUUUUAUAGCGCUGAUGGACAAUGAAACUAGUUGAAAGAUGCAGGACUUUGUAUCUGAUAUUAAUAGUUUCCUCAUCAGUUCCAAACACUGAUUAUUGGUCUCAUGAGCGAUUACUUAUCAGUGUUGAUAUCAGCCCUGAAAAACUGAUAUCAGUCAACCUCUAAUUGUGAUCCUAAUUGGAUGGUCCAGACUAUAACCUGCAGUUUCGUUCCCACCUGUCAGUCCCUCCUCUCUUCCUCCAUCUCCUGCUCUAUCCUCCGUUUAUCUUGAAACACUUUGAAAAUGUGACAGGAAGGAAACACAUGUCCUCGCUGCUCCGCGGUUGUGCUCCGUGCCAUCUCCUUUAUUAAUGAGCUCUGUAUCCCUUCGCUUGUAACAGUGUUAGUCAUGCUAAUGAAUUCAGUUUGCCACCUUGAUGCUGACAAAUAAUUUAUGCGCCUGUUCACCUACUUCUGUAAUUGUCCUCGUAAGGACGGCACACGGGGACAAUAUGUUUGCUCGCUGUUGUUACUUUAUCUUCACACACAGAUGCUGUGAUCUUCUCAGGAAGGAGGGAGGCGCGUUUGUUUCCACUCCCCCCUCCUUCCAAAAUGGUGGCACCCUGCCCAAUGUUGACCUCUGAACUUUGUCGGCCUGUCCUUUGUUCGUGUCACUCUGGGUUUUAAAGACUAAAGAGCUGAAAGUGACACCAGAGAGACUUUUGAGUGCGUGCACACACACACACAUGCACACACUUGCACGCCAUUGACUGUUUGGAGAUGCACUCGCAGAGAGUUAAUAGAGUCACAAGCUCGGCGUCCUGCUCAGUGUUAAAGCUGUCAACCCCGGAGCCUUGUGCUGCAUAUCAGGACAUUUACAUGAUAUUGGGUGUCCUCUGCCAGCGUCCGCCGCUCUCUCUGAAACCAUGACACUUGUUUGCUUUGCCCGUUGCUAUGAGGAUGGCGUGGAGGUGAUUUUCGUGCAAGGUUAAGGAGGGGGCAGCGAGUAGAGGGGUUAUGUGUGAGUGAGGGGGGUGAAAACAGACGGAUGAUGACGGCUUUGAGGCUCAAAUCACAAAGCGUGCUUGCUCAGGGCACGCCCUUGACUUCUGGAAAAGCUUUCAAGGCCUUAAAAUGACUCAAACUUUUCACUCUUGACUUGAAGCAGAGUAAAGUUUCAUCGUCCAUGUGAGAAAAAUCUGAUUAAUUUCCCAGCUAUUCAAACACCGCUCUUUUAAAUCCUGUCUUUGUGCCUUUGCUGCAUCACAGUCCCGCUUUCCAUCGCCUUGGACCGCCAAAAUAAAAGUCAGAUGCAGGGCCACCUUAGCUAAUUGUUCCUACAGUCCCGGUGGAGGAGACAAAAGGGAGGAAGUCUUCAUUCUUCUGAGGGAGAAGCAGAAGGAUCCCUUUACGCUGAUAGUGUUACAGGAGGUGGAGUGUCGGCCCCACCUGUAGGGCCCUCCCAGCUGCUCCACUGUAACCGGAUCCGUCUCUCUCUCUCUCCUCAAGGCUACCAGCCCGCUUUGAAGUUAUUUCUAGUGCUGGGAAAGAGGGGCAGAGAGCGACCGAGGGGGGCAAAGAGUGGCAGAGAGAGUGAGAGAGGAGGUGUGUGUUUGAGUGCGUGUGUGUGUGUGAUGUGUGUUCGAGCAUGCAUUUAAGUUUGUGAGUCUAUUUGUGCAUGCUAUACAUAGAAGGCUGCAAUUCUAAACUCUUCCUCCUCACUUGCACUCCUUUUCCUCCCGUGUGAGGCCUGACAUUGAACCUCCACACCAGCGUAAGAAGACACAGAGAGUGUGCAGUUUGGUUCAGAGAUUGAUUGACAAACUGGGGUAUGACGUGAGUGAAUCAACUUUGCAACAAGCUCCGGAGACAUGGUGUUUAUGGUUUAUGAAACAAACUACUCAAUACUUGGAUCAAUUUUCUGCUUUGAAAAACCGUCUAAGAGCUCAGAGAGCAGAAACAUCCAUGAUUUUACCGUAAGAGUCCAUCAAUGUAGAAAAACUCUCUCUCAUAGGUUAUAGAGAUAUAUUUCCCAAAUUUAUUCUUCAACAAAGAAGUUAAAACUAUAAUCUUUGGUUGAUUAGCUGAUUAUUAGUCUGAUAUUUGGCUGAUAAAAUCACCUAAAGUAUGCCACUUUGGCUCUGCUGUCGGUCUUAAAUCUGGUUUCUUGCUCUGCUCUUCGUCUGACACUUUAGAAAAUGUUGAUGCACAGCUGAUAUACAGCUGUGUGUCAUCUUGCCAAUCAUAAAGACAUUAAAUCAAAGUUUUGUUGGGAGUUUGUAAUAUUCCAAAGUUGAAAUAUUGGCUCCAAAUAUCAGUCUUUGUUGGGGAUGCAUGUUACUAUCAGCAUUGUAUCAACAGAUCAUAGCUCCAAAAGGCAAUUAGCAAAAUAUCUGCUGAUAUGAAGAUGUCCGCCUGUUAAGUUCUGGCCGAUCGUGGGUCUUGAGGAUAUUUCCACACCAUGCUUGGUUAGUGUCAAACCAACAGUAGGAAACUUUGGCCUUAGUUUUGGUUGCAGCAUGUGGUUGAUUAUGCAUUUUAAUAUUGAAUUAUUGCAGAAGAAGAAAAAAGGAAAGGAAGGAAUCUUGCUGUCCCUCUUCCAUGUGCAAAAACACCAACAGCUAACAAAGACAUUACCUUUCGCAGCCUGUCAUUAGACAUGCAAUCAGUGAAGAAGACCCCCCUGUAAAUUAGGAAUGAAAAAGCUGCAAGAGAGAGUGUGUGAGGAUUAAAAUAGCUGCACUGGUCUUCAGGACUUCUUUUUGAAUGACAAAUAUUGACUAUUAUCACUUAACUUGCUGGUGUGGAGAGUUUUUCCCAGUAAGACAGGUGCACAAUGGUCAUGCUAGUUAGCUCUCAGCUGGUGGGUCAUAAAUGGGUUUGCAUGUAACUGCUUGACCAAGACGAGGGCAAACUGAUGAUACCAAAACUGGCUUUGCAAAGGUGUGAAAAGUAUUCGACAGAACAGACCGAUCACCUGAAUCUGAAAGUCACUUGGUUAUAGCUCAGAAUGACCUUUUAGGAGCAGGUCCCUUUACAUGCAGGCAGCUGUCCUGGUCUGCUAUGUUCUACAGUAGCCCAGAAUGGACAAAUUAGUGAUUGAUGAUGAUGAUUUUGUGAAUGCCAAGCAAAAUGCACAAGUUUGAAAAAGAAGAAGAAGAAAAGGAUUGACAAAUAGAUGUUUUUAAACACGUGUCUUUUGUCCCUGAAGGCCACCAUAGCUUCACAGAUAGGAGGGGUGAGUAAGGGAGCGUUUUCAUAUUGAAUCUAACCCUGACAUGUUACUAAACGUUCCCAUCUCUACGCUGUACCUUUAACUGUUUGUCCUUCAGUACCGGUGUGUUUAAGGAUUUGGACUGACAGUAACCCUAACUCAUCUCAACCCAAGGACACUGGCUGUUAAUCCUCCUGUUGUGUCUCCUUAACAAGCUCCUCCAAAUCUGCACCUAAAGCUUUACAUCACACACUUAAAGCAAAUUAAUUAAAACUCCCGGACAGCCUGCCAAACUCUGCCAGGUUCUUUGAAGGUAUCUUCGGGUCGUCUCCUUUGGUCUGGGGCAGAGUUUCAGACUUUGAUUUCUUGCCUCUGACCUUCAAACAGGAUGACUGAAGAGCCCCUCAGGGUUUAGACAGCGUGUCUGUGGGCCAGGGAGGGAGGCGUGAUGAUGAAAUAGAGGAGAUGUGCAGAGAUGAAAGCAAGAAGAGGCAUUCCACAUGAACAGAUGGCUGCACGACGUCGGGAAAACUUGACCUUUGACUUACAACUGUCCAUCAAUCCUGACUUACUGCAUACUUGUUGCAGAAAACACACUUAUUUCAGCAAAAAUACACCUUAUUGAGGCUUUUAGGGUAUUUACUUGUUUCUGUAUCUCUGCUCUUUAAAUUGGUUCAUUUCCAGUGUGUGACAGUCUUGGUAUUGGAAUCAAAAUUAUGAGCUGAGAUACCGCUGCAUGCAUGCAGCUUGUGACGCCAUCUUGCAGACUGAAAAAACUUACAGAAGUGUGAGCAUGCUUCUCUCACAUACUUUUAAUCAGGGCACCACUUCUCACUCGUCAUUUAUGCACUAACACUUUGAAGAGCGUUUGCUGUUAGAUAGAGCUCACUUCUGUCUCUUAUGUGGGUCCUUGAUACUCAGCGGUGCAGAUGGGCUGGAUCAAACCAGAAUCUUGCAAAUCGAAGAUGCUGGUUGUGGAUUUCAAAACAUGCUUUUGAUGUUGUGUGCUGCCUCCGGAGAAUUUCUGGAAAGUUUAAGCUGUGUAUAUGUGAAAAAGGCUGGAUUAUAUAAGGAUUUACAGAAAAACGCAGGAGACUUACUCGUAAAGCAUCAUCUAUUUUUAAAGAUCUUUCUGUAGGUUAACACAGCCAGUGAAAAAGUGACUGUCAUGCCAAACAAAUAUACAUAAAGAUCAAGGUUACACACACUAAAGAGGAAAAACAAAAACAAAACAUAGAGGAAACCAACAGUAUACCAACAGAAACAGUCUUGGAGUUUUAGCACCUUUUGGCACAUCACAAAAUUAAUGUUGAGAACUAGUAAAGGAGGAUGAUGGAAAAAAGCAGAAUUUAUCAUCUUCCAGUUAAAUUUUUUCUACAUCACCAGCCCUGGGACAGAAAUUUCCACUUAACCAGAAAGUCACAGUUUUCUUCUGCGUGGGAUUUUGCUUUACACGCUGUGUUUUUUUGGUUGCUUUGAGAGUAUCUUGCUUUAAUUAGACGUCUCUGUGCUGCCGUUGACAUUCACACUGCAGUAAAGUCUAGUUAGCUGGUUACAGAGUCUUCUUCUAUACCUCUACCUGCGGUGAUAAAGUGGAUGUUCACUGUCACUGUGGCAUUAAGAAGUGUGACAGAAACCACAGAUAAAAAGUCACAGCUUUAGCAAACCUCACUUUCAUCUGUUUUUUCCCCUUGACAUUACAGCCCUCCCACUGUGAUCCCACGAGUGUCACAGUAUUACUGUAGCUUCAUUUGAGCACAAUAUCAAUAUUUGAUCUUUUGAAACAGACUGUUUCUGUCGCGAUCAUAUAAUGUGACAUAGGGCUGCACGAUUAAUCAAUUUUAAAUUGUAAUUGGAUUAUUUAAUAAUGACAAUGUUAAAAAAAAAUCAUCAAAUCGAUUUCACUCUCUAUCAUGUCUUGCGCCUCCAGACCACUGUUGGCUCCUAUGGGAGUGCACCCCAGUUCCCACAUAAACAUGGUGUUUGCAAAGGAAGGAAAUAAUUUCAUGGCUGAAUAGGGGAAAAGCAAAUCGUGUGGAAUUGGUACGUUUUCGCAGUUUUGGAUGAAAAGCAAACCACUCCCUGCUGCAAAGUCCGUCUGAAGGUGGUAUCAACCCGUCCACAUGGAAAUAAAUUCAGUAGUAUCGGCGUUUCAUCCACACGGAAACGGCGUUCCGGGUGACUGUAAACUGUACCUUUUAAAAACUGAUAUGAGAGUGCAUAAAUCCGUAAAUGACUACCAUUUCAUCUGUGUGAUUGCCUAUCUGCAUCUCUCUUGAAACGUUUAUGUCACACACAGCGUAACUGUUUAAUGCCGGCUGCGCGUGUCCGGCCAAAGCAACCUUUAUACGUAUGCUCUGUAUUCUUCUUCUGUCUUUUGUGUGUUAACUGUGCAGCGUUACGGCGCCACUUAUUGGCUUGGCAUAAAAAAACUUAUUAUAAAAGGGAAUUUUGGUGAAGUUGUCACUGAAUAAAAAAUCAAAAUAAAAAAAUUUUCAGUGUAAAAAAUCAGAUUUUAUUUUUGGCCAUAACCAUGCAGCCCUAACGCGACAGCUUUAGUCUGCACAAAGAGAAAUUAGGAAGCUGUCUCUUUCAGGCCUCCAGAACAAUAUCUUCAGUUAGAGUAGUUAACAGAUCAGUCAUGAAUUAACUUAACACUGGCUGAAUCAUUUGUUUCCAAAGUGUUGUGUUAUUUCAUGCUGUGAAAGCAAGUUGCAAAUUGUUUUUUCAUUUAUGUGAAAAUGUGAGAUCAUCACUGUGUCCUCCACCUGUGAUGAAAACAUGAUGAACAUGUCAGUAGGAAGAUUAUCUCUGUGAGUGAAAGAGCGCUGAUUGAGAGGUGACUGAUGAAGCAGGAAUCUCACACGGUAGGCUGUCAGCUGUAAAAGUCCUCACCAGUUAGUACGUCACAGAAAUCUUGACAUUUUUAAGUGAACGUAAAAAUAAAAACCUCUUAUUUUUUUGUAUCUACGUGCUGACAGAUGGUGCAAGUGUCUUGCGAGGCUCCAGGUUGUGUAAGUAUGCGUGGCUGUGUGGGUGUCUUGUGUGCUUGUUAGAGACUCAUCCUGACCAUCCUGUUGCAUACCACCCUCACAUCCUGGCCUGAAGACGCUCCUUUUUUUGACUAGCAAGACUGUUUCACAUGUGCACUUCUGAAAUUUCUUGACAUCGACUGAAUUUUUAGCACUUCCAUAUUGGCUUUAUUCUCAAGGCUGGAGGUUGCUGCUUGCAUUAAACCCAUUAAAAAGUCAGGUUGGCCAGUCUGUGAACACACAAGCUAGUCAUGUUGGGUGAAGUUCAGCGUGUUUAUACACUGAGCUGCCUGUGGGGUUUUUUCCCCACUCAUGUUGUUGUUGCAGAAAUGCUCUUAGUCAUAGUAAACCAGAACCAGUCACUGUUAAAAAAGACUGCACUACUACUCCCGCCGAAACCAAACAGAGUAUUUCCAGUUGUAGGAUUGAAAAUCAACUUUGAUGUGGGUAGCAUAAAAGGAAAGUCCCGGAAAUGUCAGAGUGGUAUGUCUGGAAAUUGACUGGAAAUUUUCCCAAGUCCACGUGUGAAAGAGGCUUUGGUCUGGAGCCUGUGAUCAGACAUCCCCAUCCCAACCACCCCUGUUGGCCAGACUGGUGUGUUAUUCCGGGAAGUCGACAAUCCUCCCCUGAUUGAGAGGGUAGCUGAAGCCUGGUGCUGGGGAGGGGAAAGUGUUGAUGAAGGUGGCUGCGGGGAGGGUGCGUUGGAGGAGGUCAGAGGGGGGUUGGCUGAAUCAAAGGCCUCAGGGAGGUGGGCGGUUUGCUCCUCUUCCGGGGUGAAUGAGUUCACGGUGAUGGGACGGUCAGCGAGAGAUGCCACUGAGUUACCCCUCAGUCACCCAUGAUGUGUUUUGGGCCGCAUGCUGACCUCUGCACACGCCCGUGCUCAAACAGUGGGAGACGUAAACACAUGCACUGCGCCGGGGAAGCAGGUGGGUGCGAGGACUGGCCCCGUGCCCAGGUUUUUCUUCUUCCAUAUUGUGUUUGCAUGUGAAAUAGGUGCCAACCCUUCUUCCAAAAUUCAUGAAAGAAACCCCAAGAACAACAAACCUGUGCUGUUAAUCAUUCAGCGAGCCUCACAGAGAACAUCUUGUAAAGAUUGUCUUCAGCUGGCACACGCUUUCGACAACAAGGCGGUUUCGAUUGUUACAACAGAAACUCCUCCAGCAAAUGACCCGAAUGCCACGGCAGGAACAACAGGAAGUCAUUUCUUGGUAAAAUCUCAGCAUUCGAGUUUGUUAAAAGAGACUUUUCUAGAGUUACAUUUUCAAGGUCGUACACUCAGGAGUCUGUGUCUGCAUCCUGUAUGGAUCAGUUUAGCUCAGGGAUCGUUUUCCUCUCCAAUCCGCCCACUUGCCUUUGAUGGUUUGAGCUCCUGGUGUGUUGUAUCCAGCAAUGCCUUAUUGUAAUGCACAGCACAUUGAGCGCCAUGUUUCAGCAAGAUCUUGCACACCAGGAGCAUCAUUUUCCUCCAAACUCCGAAGGCUUUCCUUCCCAAAAAGAGGAACAAAAUCUGCUCCGUCACAAAGAGUUCUUUCUUUUAAAACCCAGGGGGUGUUUCAAGUGCAAAUGCAGGCAUUUGGAGAAGUUAUAAAGAUUUUAGAGGUGCUGGGGUUAAUUUUCCAAAAGUUUAGCAAGGCGGAAAAAAAGCUGCUGAUGAUUACUUUUCACUCCAGCAUUACUACUUUUCAUGUUAAAGCGGAAGUGCAAGUGAGGACAGAAUUUGUAAAACGCACACAAACACACAGCUGUGAAGGGAAAAAAAAAGACAAGUUCUUUCAUGCACAGGCGGCAUUGUGAGGGCAGGGGGGGUGACUGUUUUGGAGGUGUGGGAGGGAGAAAGGGGAGGUGGGAGGUAAUGGGGGUCUGUAACCGGGGCCACCAAUAAUUUAGAGGGAGAGAAGAGAAAAGGGGAGGGGAGGGAGCGAAGAAGUGGUUGUUGUGUGAUCAAAGGCUCAGCGAAUUGUGUCACAGACAGACGGAGGAGAAUAGCGUUGUAUGGUGUGACUUGCAUUUUGAUUUUCUUUUGGAGCCAGGGGAGCUGAGGGGGUUGGGGUGGGAGUUUGAAGAACUGGGUCCCUGUUUUGAUCAUUACUAAUUGUUGGUAGAGAUCACUUGUUGGGAGACGUGAGAGCUUUAUCAGACUAAGGGUGGUACUUAAGAAUUGUAAUCUGUUAUCAAAAUUUUGUGAAAAGGUACCAUUAAACCUUAGGUAUAGUUAGAGAGAAAGGAACAAAUACCAUUAAUGAUGUAAGUGGCGAUUAAUGGGCGCUCGCACAUUUGCACAAAUUGGGUUGUUUCACAAAAACUUCAAAAGAUGUUUUUGUCCUAUAGAUCUGUACACCAUGUGUAUUUGAAAAGGUCUAUGAAAACAUGUAGCCUUGGCCUCGACCAGUUAGGUGAGCUGUGUGUGUUUCCAACAGGUGACACUAUGACCAUGAUUAAAAUGAAUAAGCGGAUGAGUAAAGGCUGGAACAGCCAUCAAGCCUACAAAAUUUAGAGCAAAUUGGACAUUGUGUCUAAAAGCCAGUACCAAGUAUUCCCACAAGGUGGCGCUAUAUAUGUAGGUGGUUCACCAGUAUAUAGAUGUAUUCAGGAAUGGACCUUGAUGAGGUAUAUAAAAUUUGGAGCAGAUCCCACUCUGUAUGAAGGUGGGACCUUGACUUCCUGUUUCAUGACAAGUUAUCAAAGUUGGGCAAGCUACCAGGGGCACACCCUUUUUUGACGCACAGAAAAUCCUUUAAGAACUCUUCAAAGUGUCCACAGUUCACUGAUUUGAUCUGGAAUUUUUGAAGUAAGAUCCCUAUCAGAAGUUUUCAGAUGUGGACCCUGUAAAUCCCUGAAAUCAUGACAUUCAAAUCCAAACUGUGGACCUUUAUGGACUGUUGGGGUCUGGGGCAAAACUGCUGAGGAUUUUCUGUCCAUACCAAUUUCCCUCCAUGCAGGUAAAAGUUACCCUAUGGUGGACCCCUUUUUUUAAUAUCCGGAGCAGGCGUUUUUUGAAAAUCAUACACCAGAUCUAGACUAUAUCAAAAGUUGUGCCCAGACCUGAUGCACAGAUUUAGAAUUUUUUUGGGACCUGAAGAAGCCUGUGCUCAGGUCAGAUUUCUCCAGUUUCAUUGUGAUUUCAUUGUAACUCACUAUAAAUGGUGAAAGGUACUCUGGUAUAUAGUUGUUGAUGUUGUCACUGAUAUUUUGGAUUGCAAAAGAAGGUAUCAGAUUCAAAUCCAGCCCUUGCCAGUGUGAGCGUCCCUCUACAGGUGGUUCAGCAGAAAGAAGUGGGGUUAGCUGGGGGUGUUGCCAGCUUGAGUGACAGGCGGAGUUCAGUCCCUGCCAGGAUUUCAUUGAGAGUGUAGCCUCUGUAAUGGGAUAUUCAUGUGAAAGGCUGCCUCCCCCAGGGGCAGGACAGGCAGGGCAGAACAAGAGCCGCCCCCUUGUGGCACUCUGGGGGCUCCGAAUACCCUUCACCCAAAAACCCUGGGUACAGUGUGGCCGUGCAAAGUGGAGCAAGAGGGUGUUUCCAUCGGGCUGAACUUGUGUGAUUUGGGGCCUAGCGGGGAAAGUUAACAUUUGGAAGACAAGAGGGGACACUCUCAGUCAGUUUGUGUGUUAUUGUGUUUGUUUGUGUGUGUGCGAGGGCACGUUUGCAUGUGUGCUUGUUCCUCCUUUGUGGGAACGGCCCGUAGCUGUGACCCACUUCACUAGAUCCCCAUCCCCUGUACCAAACGGAGCUCCUUUUCCUUCUGCUCCCCAUCCCCACAUCCAUCAACGCCUACGUCAACAUCUGACAGAAAGGAAAAAUCCCUGUGGCAGAGAUAAUGGUGCAAUGGCCAGCCUCUAAAAUAACAACAUGGUCCACAACAACAACACUGCCCCAUUUGGAGUGCAAGAGCCCCCGCACAAUGGCCUAGUGUUCAAGACCCAGGGGCGCAGGCGGGGCUCCCUGCUGCCAUCCAAGCUGUUGGACAAGCAGGAGAGAGAGGUCAUAAUCACACAGCUCUCCUCUUCCUGGUCCUCGUUAGACGGACUCAGAGCCUCUGUUUUGAUCCCCUCCUACACCCAGUCUCUCUGCUUCCCCUUCCACUCUGUGUCUCAGAUGAAGCUCAGAGUGUUACCUCGGCUGACUGGGGUGUGUGGCCUGCCUCUGAGGAUUGUUCCUGUUUGAAGAAAGACCAGGGAGGGGCAGGUUGGGAAAGGCAUGUUGCAUUGAAACUCGACAAGGUUAUGCUCUUUCAUCUUUGUCCUCCCCUUCAAUUUUUGCGUCCUCCAAAGGCUGAGAGGGACGGCACACUCUGAAAUUAUCAUACCGAAUGUCUAUGUAAUGUAUACCUGUGCAUCCUCACUGCUCCUGCCAGCCUUAGGCUAAUUUCUGUCUUCCACACAGUCCGUCAGAGCACAGAGACUCUUUGCUCACCUGUGUUUAACAGAGGAAAUGCACAGUGAGUCAAUAAAAUGCAGGCGGACAAGGUGACUGCAUCCUCAGCAUUCGUGGAAAUCUGUUUUGAGUCAGGGUAGCUGUGAUUCACGUUGACCUCCCCUUUUGUUAUUGUUGAGAAAGUCGUUUGCUUUGUUAUGAAGGAUGAAGAUUGUAAUCGAAAACUGGAGCUCCAUCCUUGAAGACUCCACACUCUCACAUUUGUAUGUGUGUAGGAGGCCUGAGGUGGAGGAGGAGGAGGUUUACUUUCUCUAAAGGUGCAUGCAGGAUGGAAGAGUUUGCACCGGUAGUGUUUAAAAGAGACUUAAUUUAUUCUUUCACUUUACUGACUGUCAUGUCAGUCUGGGAUCUCUUUAGAGAUAAAAAAACUCCUUUAUUAUCUUACACUCACAUCUGGGAAAACUAUAAUUUCAGCAGAUAUUCAAACUCUGCCUGAAAUGCUUUGUUUGGGCUGCUUUCCAGUAGGGCUGUAAAGUCCCAGUCAACUGGUCGAUGCGUGCCGCGUCGACCGAUCAUAAUUUUGGUCAACUCAGCAUGUAUCGACCAGUUGACUAGGACUUUACAUUUUUUACAUUUUUUUCCACGCCACUUUACCAGUCUGUGGUUAAUUUCAUCAGGAGGAACGUACCAAGUGCUAAUGGGGGUGUUUUCAGAGCACCCCUGUUUCACAGGUAACAGCCUGUCUCAGAACACCCCCCUUGUUUUCACCAUUUUAGAAUUGCCCAACCCAAUUAAGACUGGAGACAGGAAGAUUGAAGAGCGUCCACGCUAAUCUGAAUAUAAUUUUAGUGUUUAAUUGCCAAUUUUUGGUCGAAAAGUCAACAAAGGAUUUCUUUGGUUGAUUACAGUCCUACUUUCCUCGCAGUUCAUGGGUGUUACUUUUUACACAGAUUUGCAGUAGUAGGAUAGCUGGAAGACUGGCUGUUUGCACCCACACUAUAUUACAUGUUAGGUAUUGUUACAUUACCUGCUAGUGUUAUAAUGUCACCUACAGAUUGUGGCUGUAAACCAUCUAGAAAGUUCUUCAUAACAACCCUGGGUUUCAGAAUCUGUCUUGUGUUGGUCUUUGUUUGCACAAACAGCUGCAUUUAGGUGUGACUUAAUAUCCCAAAUUGUCCCAAAAUUACACUAAAUUUGAGAGGUUUUACUCUCCACUCAUUGGAUAUCAGUUCCAAGUAUUGGUUAUGGGUUUCACCGAUCAUAAUAAUCAGUAUCACCCCCCAAAGAACUGAUUUCUGUUGAGCCCUGGCAUAUAAAGAAAUACAGUAUCGGUGUAAUAGGUCUCUUUUGAUGUUCCUCCAGCUCCGAGACUUUAAAGGCUCGUGUUAUCUCCUGCUCAGCAUCUGCAGUCUGCGCUUGUUUCGGCACUUUUAAACAGAUGCCAUGCUCUUCAUCAGAUUUCAUCCCUCAGGCAGUAAGAAAAGAUGCCGCUCUGUGGAGCUCCCAAACGGCACACGUUGUCCACAUUCCUUCCCCCUGACUUUUCCACAAUCCACCUGAUUUGCAUUUGACCCCUUUACUUUGAGCUACGUCUUUCCCGAAAGUCCCUCAGGUCGGGGGCUUGACCCCUCUGCCUCGCAGCGCUGAAGUGACACGGCGCCUUCUGAAUAUUCCUUCAAUUGGCCUGCUGCACGACUAACCUGCUCCCAACAGGAUGAAGUGGGGUUCAAAGGUCAGGGGGUCACCUCGGGGAGAAGGGUAUCUGAGGUCAUCAGCAGUGGCCUGGGGGGCCAGAGCAGCCAAGGGUUGGGCGCCACGGUCCUGGCUGAUUGAGGUGCUAUGGUCAUUGGGUUAAUAGGAUAAGUGGCCUGCAGGUCAGUUUGGCCCAGUUCUAAUGCUAAUACAGGAGCUUGUCUUUGCACUGUCGCCAGGCAGGGGAACUGAUCCAGGAUUUUGUGACUCUGCUUAGUUACAGUUUUAAUCCAACCGUGUUUGAGCAGAUCGUUACACCAUCCUAAUGAAGAGCUGUGGAGCUGCAGUUGUCCUCAGGGGUCUUGGUUUGUGUUGCCAUGCUGCACAUCUUGUAUCACAUGUAAACUGAAAAAUCCUCAACUUUGAAACUCUCCGGUCCUCUCUGGUUACCUUCCUCCUUCAGUCGAGUUAAAUAACGGAUGCACUCUGAGUUAAAUGCUUCUGUUAGACUGUAAUUAGGAAGGCUACUACUUCCUCUUUUCGGGAGCCAGUGAGUGAGACGGUGUUUGUGAUGUGUGCCUUCCUCUAACUUUAAUCUCCUCUAAAGACUUGUCUCAGCACCCGCUCUGGAAAGCCUUUUGGCGCAGAGAACUGGGCCAAUUAAGUAGCCUUGACUGUAAUGAAAGGACAGCUGAAGAUAGUCUGAUAGACGCUGAUUGUUGGCGUCCACUUUUUAGCUAAUAAGAGCAGAUAAAAUAUAGCUAUCCCGGUCGACAGCAAUGGCACCACUAUCAAUCAUGAGCAGCAGUAGUAGUCAAAGCAGUCAACCCCGCUGUUCCUGAAGGAGAAAUUCUGCUUCUUCAUCAGGCCGUCCAUGAAAGCACAUUAAUCCCACUUUUUGCUUAUCUGCCUCUUUUCUCUCUCUGAGAGGUCCGCUGCAAUGCCUUGCUGUAUGUUCAGAUCCUGCAUGAUUUUGCCGCACACAGCGAAUACUUCAGAGAUGCCUAAUGCUCUUAAGCUCUUACUUUUCAUGGUGGAAAAUAGGUGACAAGUGGAUUAUAAAUUAUGGGACUCCUUCAAACAAGGGGGAGGUUGUGGGGUUGCAGGGGGCCUGCAAAUCUGUAAGCCAAAGAUGCCAGGGACCUCUGUCAUCGUGUGGGGCGGCGUUUCAUGUUCACUUGAAAGAAUUGACAUGCUGUUUUCGCUCUUCAUAGAAGGUUGCCUUGUAUAUCUAUAUCCUGUGAUAUUAACCCUUUCAUAUCUCUUUUGUGUUUUCCAGAUGCAUCCUUUGGGACUAUGUAACAACAAUGAUGAGGAGGACCUGUACGAGUACGGCUGGGUCGGGGUGGUGAAGCUGGAGCAACCAGAGCUGGACCCUAGUUGUCUCACUGUGCUGGGAAAGGUAAGAAAUUGCAGUCUGUUGUUUUGGCUCCAUAUCAGCAGCAGAGUCCUGUUUGCUCCGCUCAACUUCAGGACAACUUCCUUGUACUUAAUGAAACUCUUUCAAGACUUUAUCUCCGAUCUCCUGUCGUCGCAGAGACAAUACACGGAAGGAUGAUUUUGUUUUAUUUUGACUCUUACUUCCCAUUGCUGGGAGAGUGAGGGUGAACUCAAUCCCGCUCUUGUCUCCCAGCCUGCCUGUCCCCUCCCUCCCUCCCUCCCUGCAUUGCCCAGACCCCUCUGGAGUCUCAGAGUGGUAUUUUAUCAUGCUUUAAUUAAGUGUUCCUCUUAAUGGAAUGUACCAACAUUCCCCGGAGGAUGAAGGAGGAUGGAGGAGGAGGGGCGCCGGCUAUAGUCUCAUUUAUCCUGAGCAUGGCCGGCGACAGAAAGAGAGCAGCCAUUCAUAAUUUAAGGAGCCCUUGUGUCGUAUAGACAUGCUAAUGGUGCACUUUCUCUGGUGAUGGUAGCUGCUAUCUAGCUGAUGCAUACUUAUGCUGGGACCUGAAAACUGACCUAAUGUUCAGCACUCAGACUCCUCCUGACUGUAGCAGUGGAUCCAUCAUUGUCACGGCCGCCUUCGCUCACUAGUAAACGGCCCCGGGGCGAUGUGUCCAUGUUUGAGGAGCAGUUAACAGCUCCAGAGGGAAACCAAGGGAACUAUAAUGGUGAAAGUUGUUGUUUACCACUCACCGCUGCUAUAAUUGUCAUGGGAACAGUAUGUGUUGGAUGGCAGAAAAGAGGCUCUGCAGUCUGGGAGGGGAGUACAGGAUUUUCAGAGCUAAUAGUUGAGUUAUUUUGGGAUACAAUAACACUUUAACUACAAGUUGUAAGUUAUCAUCCCGAUGGGAUGCCACUCAUGACAGUACAUUCUGUUAAAUCCAGAUGAGCUGUUCGUCUGCUGCUGUUCUGUAGAAAAUGCAGACCGAUUAAUAUUCUACUUCAGCUCCACUGCUGGUGUGUCUUUCCCUCUGAGUCUGUCUUCACUCAGCACCCUGCCUCACCUAAUGUCCCGCCCACAACACUAUCUGAUUGGCAAGACAUCACAGGACUAUGACAUAACCUUGUUGUGGAAGUAUAAGUGUUUACUCCUGUGUAUGAUGUUGACAGUUUAAGUUUUGAUUAAACUUUCGCGGAAAGCAUUUAAACCAAGUUUGUGGGAUUUUAAAAUCUACAUUUUGACAGAUCAAAGAAAGCCGGUCAGUUCCAAACACCAUGAAGUUUGAUUUAUCAGUUUCAAUAUCGGUCCUGAAAAACCGACAUCAGUCAACCCCGACUACCAUAGAAGGAGUCAGGAGUAAUGUUGGUCUGUCUUUAAGGUAAAGUAGCAACUCAUCAGGAUGACAUCUGUAUCGGAACUGGGGGUUGAGUGAUAUUGUUUUUUCAGGGCCUUUACUAAUACUGGUUGUAAAAAGUUAAAGGGAUAUUCCAGCGUAAAUUUAAGUUAUGGUCAAACACACCGUAACACCGAGUUAGACACCCCCUCGAGAGAUGAAUGUUCCUGACUGCUUGCUUCUCUAGUUGUACCAACUUUAGUAACCACAGCACAAUAGUGAUACACAGCAUUCUACAUCUCCACACGCAAAGCUCAACCAAAAAGCCACUCUAUAGCCACAAAUAAUGCUCAGAACAGCACCUAACUUCAUCAACAGUACAUAUAGGGUCCCAGCCACAGUACUAGCCAUCAAACAUCUUUUUUAGCAUUGCCUAAUUUCUUUAGCAAAGAGACUAAACAAAACUCACCCACUCUCCUCCAGCAGCCGCUUGUUUGUGGGGGAGCCCUGACGAGUUGAUCACCAAGUACAGCGCAUCAUUUCCUCGGAGUGGAGCGGAGUUUUGCAGCUCAAGGAAGAACAUUCGUGAUUAAUAUACAGAAUAUCCCUUUAAUGAGACUGGUAACUGAUAUUUGGGGCUGAUAUUUACUUCAAUCAAAAAUUAUAUUAAACUACAAAAUUAUCUUCAGUUCUUCUUCCAGGCACCAACUUUUACCAAUUCCAGUGAGUACAGUAAAUAAACUUCUUUUAUUUUGCUGCAUUGAUUUUGAUCCCUUUAGUCCAACAAUCUGAAAGAUAAGUGAUCAAAAUUCAGUGAUCAGUGAUCAUGAUAUUGUUGUGAACUUGAACCCUCUGUGCUAAAUUCAGCAGCGACCUGGCAAGUGCCUCAAACAACCAAGCAAUGAGGGCAUCCAAGUACCCAAGAUCCACCACUUACUGGGUCCAUUCAGAGCCGAGCUGUAAUGAGCUUCCUGUUUUAUACAUUGUAAGUGUGAACAUUUUGCUAAUCGACAGUCUGGAGGGGAUGGCGGGAACCUUCAUCUGUGACCUUUUGGCUCCCAGCCAGCCACCCUGACCUCUUGACCACUCUCUUCCCUCUGUUUUUAGUCUGCCAGGACUAUAAUUAGAGUAGGGAAAGCCCAUUGUUGCAUCUUGACAGACCCUCAACCGGGGAUCGAACACAGCUGGGUGCUUUGCGCUGGCACUGUUGCUUACGCCGGGGCAGACAGUGCAGUGUGUACCCCCUGCCAGUCUGCUUACUCUGCCCGGCCAGCAAGGCCACCAUGCCCAGCCCGAGUCCGGAUACUAUGCCCACUUUUACACACUCACCCCGCCUGGUCUGGCCUUGUGCUUGGCAGCCCCCGCCCCCCCGCCCGCCCUACCCGACUGGCCCCUGACUGAACCCAAGAGCCCACACCACUUUGCUGCCACUUUGCCACCAACAGUGUUGGGGUCUUGUCCGGUUAAUUUAGUAUCCAUUCAAUUACAGAAUCCUGAACCGAAGGGACAAAACAGAAUUGCAGGGGGAAAAAUGUUGUUUACACCAAUCGAUGUCUGGGUAAAAAGCGUCUGAGGACACAACACUCCAAGCUGUGCUUCAGAGCUGCAAUCAACCCCUUUUAAAUUUUGACCAGACUAAAAUACAUUAAAGAGCUCACCUUUGUGCAAGCGGUCAUCCGGAUAGCUACAAUAGUGAAUGUCAUGUUGGAAGCAUUUCUGCGCUCUUUCUCCUUCCCUCUUCUUACCGCUGAAGAUUUUCAGGUUAGUUUGAUUUGCUUUCAGAGUUUCCUUUCCUUUCAAAAUCUUGCUCCCAUUUCCUUUAUCAUUUUAAAGUUAUUCACAGUUUUCUUCACUCUUAUGUUUGUAUGAACACGGUGUUAGAGCUGAAGCACCAGUGGGAUAUUAGCUUAACUAGCUUGGGGAUUUCAAACUGCUCUGAACCCUCAGAUUACAGCAAGUUUUUUGGGAGGCAGGAAACGUGGGGUGUAGAGAAUGGGGGAAGACAUGCAGGAUAGGGUUGUGGCUGGGAAUCAAACCAGAAACCACAGCCACCAGGACUGUAGUCUCUAAAUAUGGGGAGCUUAGACUGCUAGACCAGAGGGACUGGGUCAAAGUGGAAAGCUGUCCUGUGGUGUGACAAUUCAAGCUUUGUCGUUCUUUUUGGAAAUCAUGAACAUUUGAAGAAGAAAUUGUCUAUAUACAAUAUUUGUUUGUUAUUUUAGUGUGGUUUAAAUGAUUCACAGCCCAUCAGAAUCAAUUUUUAACAGUAUUUCAAACCCUGUAAAUCUCCUGUAGAAGAAGCACAGUCCAGCUGUUGCAGGGAGAUGCUCUGGACUCAGCAAAUAUUCCUAGUAGAGGAAACAGAGGAAAAGAGGUCGGUCAUGCCGGCCUCUGAAGUCCAUGUGCACACCUCGCCAAAGUGCUUGUGUGUCAUGUAUAUGUACACAGUUUUUUCCUGCACUUCCUCUCUGGUUCCUGUAAGAGCUGCAGGACUGUUAAAGCGCUGACUUCUGUGUGUCACAGCUGAACCCCUCCCCCCUACAGCAGGAAGAAGACCAUGAGAAAAUCAGUUCCUACUGUAGCUAACUGUGUUUGAGACACUCUUUGAAGUAGUUGUCUGGCUUGUGGAGUCAUAUAAGGAUGGUAGUGUGUGCUGCUGCCCUGGUUUUAUCUUAAAGGACAGCAGCUGCUUUAUUUGAGUUGUUUUUACGAGUCGUAAAUCACGCCUAAACCUCUGCACAGAUCUAUCCUUCUUUAUCCCGGCAUUUUUUUGCAGUCAACAACAUAUUUUUGGUAGUCAUUCCUCACUGCUGCCUGACUUUCUCAGAACUGGCCUCCCUCCCUUCCUUUUGCCGUCUUUCACACACAUACAUUGCGAUUUUUGGCAGCUCCCCUGGAACAUGAAAUCAAGCCACCGGCUUUCAUUGGUGGCCGAGGCUCGUUGAAGUCUUUGUCGCGGUGCCAAGGAGAUAUCUCUUCUUUCAAGUGCCGCCGUGUCAGUCCAACGGCCUCACGGGGCCUUAGCAUGUCGGCUCUGCGUCUUUCAUCCUCCCCAGGCUCUCAUGACAUCAGCUCCAUAACCCGGGCAACCAGCCGGAGGAGGAAAAGCACAAGAGUAGAGGGGUGGAAGAUAGAGAGGAAAGUGGACAGAGGUUUGUCUUUGCAGUUAAGUUUAUUUUGGACAACAUCAACAAUUUCACCCCCCAUUUAACACAAAGAAGACAUGUAGAAGUCACAAACCAAAAUAUGCUGAGGGGCUCAAAAUGCAAGAAAAAGAAAAUGAAUGCAAAGUAGAAUUUCAUCGAUUAAUUAUUAGCCACAAGAAAAUCUUAAAAUGAUUCACACAAAAAAACAAGCAACAAAACCAAAAGCAUUUCCGUCCAACCUAAAAGCACAGCAAAUUGACAAGCGUAUUAAAGCUCCUGUGAGGAGUGUUUGGACACUUGUGAAACAGACUGAAAUUCACAUUGAUGUCUUCUGAUGAUAUACACAAGCAAACAAGACCAUCAGUGACAAGAUUGAAGAUUUUUAUUCUGGAAGGGAGGAAAAAGUUUUUACAUCUCCCGAAUAAAAUAUUCACAAAACAUAAAAGAUUUGACCAUGAAUAAGUCAGCAACUUGAACUUUUUGUCAGGCGAAAAUGUUAAAGCAUACAUAGGACGAGAUAAGCAAAGACUACUUUGUCCACAUGGGGUGCCUGAAAUUGACACAAACCAAAAGUUCCUGCUUUCUCUGGUUUCAAACAGCCUCUGAAUUCAAUCUAGAAGUUAAUUAUUUUGUUUUUUGUACAUUUCCUGGGCAGUUUUGAGUUCAGCUUAAACAAGAUUUGAAGGCCUUUAAACAGAUAAAAAUUCUGUUGGUUGGUUCGUGAGUUUUCAUUUCCUGAUUGCUCAAGAUUAAUUUCAUUUUGCUCAACUUUGAUGAUAACUUGUAAUGGUCAAACCACUUUUUAACACAUUCAGUUCAUUUUUCACCGUAUGUAGAAACAAUGUUUUCCAGAACAGUAAAGAUUCAUAUCAUCAACAGAUAAAAACAAAUUUGAAUAGCUUGGACACGUUACAGAUGUUAUUAAUGUAAAGUUUAAACAAUUUGGGGACCAAGAAUUGAGCCCUGCGGGACCCCUUUUGUAAAUCUUAUUUUAUGUUAUCGAUCUGAGUGUGUUGAUCUGUCUUCUCAAGGCGAUGACAGAGGUGAAUUUGUCUGGUUCUGUAAGUGGGUGGCUGGGAUAAGUGUCUUAUUUGGUACAACUUUUUUUCAUACACAUAUAAGCAGAAAAAUGCGACCCAUCCUCCCACACAGCGCUGCAGCUUGUGUAAAGCAAGCUUCUUGGCUGGCAUAGCUUGUAAAACUCCCUGGUAUGUGCUUGUUGUGUGUGGCCUGGCACUGCCCUCGACUAGCUCGUCUCUGAACCACCAUCAGUUCCACCUUUAAAACCGGCCAAAGACAACAUUUCAUCGCAGCGGAGCACAACUGGCCCCACAGAGCGGCUGCUACAAAGCACUCAAAAAUAACUGGAGCAACGAGAAAAGUAUCAAGGUCUUUAUUGACAUAUUCUCCCUGAAAUAAAGCUUGAUACUUUCAAGUUUUCGCCAGAGGCUCACAAUCAUAAAAAGCAUAUCCUGUGUGGGAAGCUCUGACUUUGACACACAUACAAACACAAUCCUGAAAUGCAGUUGCCAUGGAACAAUGUGAGGGGGUGGAGGAGUGUGUCUCCAUCUUUUUCAACCUUACUCCUCAAAGUUGGCACUACAGGACAGCAGGCCAGAGCAAACAGCUGCUGCGUCUUGGUGCUAAGUGGCUUUUGGACUCUAACCGUGUCUGGCAUCUCAGCCAGAGCUGUAGAGAGGGUGUAGUGUGUGUGUGUGUGUGUGUGUGUGUGAGAGAAAGAGAGGGAGAGAGAGAGAGGAAUGACUGGGGUACAGAAAGUACACAAGGGCUGCCUGCGAGGACGGUGAGAGUGUGCGUCUGAAGUGAAUAAAUGCACGAAAAGAAAGAAAUGGCAGCAGACAGAUGAGUGUGAUACUGCAGGAGGGCGUCUGGCUCCCAGCCUGCGGCCAGGUUAGCUGUCCUACACACUCAGGUGCGUGCUCGAGGUCGUCCCGAGGCCACGGCAAUGCCAGGAGGGUGUCAAACCGCAGCGCUUGUAGUAAAGACGCUUCAAUGCUGGGUUCAAGUGGCUGCCUUGUUUUCAGAGCGCUUCUUAAACAGCAUGUUCCCGUCAUGGAGAGGAUUAUUGUCUGAUCAGUGGGUGUAUUUGUUGCUGUGUGUACGUGCACAUUAGCUUCUAAACACUUCUUAUCAGCUUGGCUGAAAAGAAGAAGAAGAAGAAGGCUAGCAGAUCAGCUGGUGUUUUGAUGCAGACUGCUGAAUGACUCACUGUGUCUCUCUCAUCACUCUCUACUCACUGCUUUCAUUUUUCAUGCCUCCUCCUCCUCCUCCUCCUCCUCCUCCUCUUUCUCUUUCUGCAGAGACCUGAGUGAGGCACGGAGCCUUGAUAACAGAAGGAAGGAAAAUUGCAGUAGUUUUACUCUCUGCAGUCUCUAGAGUGUUGUGUUAGAUUGCAGUCAAGACACAAUAGUGAUUGAUUUACAACGGCAGGCUUUUGUUUGAAACCGAUGAAGCUUGUUUUUUUUCCUGCAAGAGUUUUUCGCAGAAAUCGUUUCACAGCGAAGCCAUACAGAGACAGAAUAUCAAUAAGACAAUUUUCUUUCUGUUUGGGCUCAAAAUGAUAGGGCUUACUUCCUUUCUGUCCAGCAGACAAUAGGAUGUCAAUAUUGGGUUGUUUGAAUCCAAGCAGAUAACAAGACAGAUGAUGUAAUGUCAUCAACUUCUCAGCAAGUUAAAGAAGUCUUGUCUUGAGUUCUUUUAAAAGUACCAAAAAUGCAGAGUUUUGCUCCUGGAAGAUCUUCCGUUGAGUGAAACUACAGAUUUCUAUAAAGCCAUUAAAGGUACAGUAAGGGGUUUUUGUGUUUAUCCAGGUGACCCCUUUAAACACAGUCAACAGAGUUAGGGUGGAAACUGCAUUUUCCAUCUGCUGUCAUAUGCAGAUAUUUGUCAUGGAAUUAAAUAGUUGUACUAAAGCUCCUCUUUCUCAUGCUGUAAGUGUUUGUGUUAUGUUCAUAACUCUGAGUUAAUCACACUGAUAUACAUUUUCUGGAAAAUGUUUGAACAUCUGACAUCUCUCAUUCAGAAAAAAAACUUCUGUUUGUUCACUUGCUCCCCAAUGGCCAAACUUCCCCACCAAAGCUCUAAGCUAUUUUUUUUUUUUGAAGGAAAUCUAACCUGAAAAUACGUGUAUAAAGAGACAACUGAGUAGACUGAUGAGGAGGCAUCAGUUUAUUCUGACACUGUUUCAGAAUCAGUUUAAAGCUCCAGUAAGGAUUUUUUUGUUUGUUUUUGAAAACGACUAAUAAUAAUAUUAUUGUGUUUGUAGGACCUAAAAAAGCAAACAAGACAGUAAAGAAGAAGAGUGACUAUUUCUGUAAAGUUACUUUUACUGUCUGAACUUUUUGUCUGGGGGUAGUUGUCGGAUGAGGACAGCUUUUUCAUCAUAGAUUUACAAUGUAUGAUGCAAUUAACUGUUAAGAGAGAAGAUGAAUUUUUGUUGUUUAAAUAAAAACAGCAAUAACACAUCCAAAGGGGGCGCCAAAAUAAACACAGAAUCUGACAAAAAUUCACAGGCGCUUUAAGCGAGUUUUACUGUAUAAAAGUUGAUACAGUUUACAUCUACAACUAUCUGAAUAUCUCAUCGAUGUUGAGGAAUAUGAUUAAAGCUCCUGUGAGGAACUUUCAGGAACUUCAGCCCUUUUAAAACUGCUAUAAAAAUGUUGUCAGACUUGAUCCUGGGGGUCUUGUUUUCCUCUGGAUAUUGUGAAAAUGCAUCAGUAUGAUUUUCAGUCUAUUUCACACACAUCAAAAAAACUCUUUAUUGGAUCUUUAAGUUUUUAAAAAGUUGCAAAAAGUUACCAAACUUAAGCAGAGAGCUGUCUGGAUGGCCUUGUGGUGUGAGGAGGUAAAAUCUACAAACCAGCGUUUUAGCUUCCUCUCCACCUGCCCCCUUGCCCUGAACACCCUUAACAAACACUUUGAAACGCCGCAGCAUGGAGGGAGGGAUAGAAAGAGAAACUGAAAAAGAGAGGAGGAGCAGCAGCAGGGAGAGGGAAGAGAAAAGCCUGAGAAGCCCGAAGCACUCGGGGGCCUGCCUCUCGGGCUCUCCUUUCAUGUUUGUGUACGCCUCAACUUGCUGAUAUUAUCUUGGCCGCUCUUCCUGGCGGGGUGUCGGGAGAGGCUUCCACUGCGUCCAGGCGGGGGCCCCUCUCUCCCUCUCUCUUCUUCGCUCUCUUUUCUCUCUCUCUCAACCCCUCACCCACCUUCUCACUUCAACUCCCUUCCUUUAAAAAAGUCCCCCUAAAUCACUGCUUCACCGUGUUUCACGCCGCUCGGAGGCGCCCAGGAUCCCACUGCGCUGGUUGCCAUGGUCACUGGGAAGCUCCUUGUGUCAUGUGGCUCAAAGUGAGCCGUCCCUGGGCCGAAUUACCCAGCUUUCAAUGGGAGGCCAAAUGACCAUUAUUAGACUUCACAGCUCAGGCCUCUAUUUAAAGAGAGAAGAAAGGAGCCCUGGGGACUUAAGAUGAGAGAGAUGAAGGGAGAAAGAGAGAAAGAGAGAGGAGGAAGAGAGUCAAGCAAAAAGUAGAGAGGAGGGGAAACGAGAGGAAAGUGAACUUUGGAGAUGUUUCUCUUUAUUUUUCCCCCACCCUUGCAUUGAUUUUUGUUCUUCAUCUCAAUUGUUAUUUGGACGUCAGACACCAGCCAUGAGUAAAGCUCUCCCGUCUGUCAAACAGCGCCCAGAAAAGACGGGGCGGCGCUGGAUCAAAAGCAGCACUGUGGAAAAAGUAAAUCUUCGAAAAGAUAGCACCAGACAUCCACCCACGUCAACCCAAGCCCUGUCUUUUCUCUCUUCAUCUCCGUCUAAGCCCGCUGCUUUGUAGGGGAAUGUGCCUGUGUGUGUGAGAAUCCUGGCGUCCUGCACCCCGCUGCGUAUGUCAGGGCCGUGUUGUCUUUAAGGCUCGGGGCCCGCAGCCUGGCACGGAAGCUGGAAACUGAAGCCCCCCUGGUCCCCAUGCAGCUAAUCUGAUGCCUCUUCCCACUACAGAUGAUUCCUCUACUGGAGGGUUAAGGGGUGAAAAUGUCAUCCUCCUCUUGUGGUUAAAACUUUCUUUCAUGCUCUGCCAGGGAGGCAAGGUUUGGCCCGGCAGAAGGAGACCGAAGAAGUGGAGUGUGUGUGUGUAGGGGAUGUGUGUGUGUGUGUGAGAGAGAGAGAGGGAGAGAGCGACAUUAGAGCUGCUGUGCUCUGAGAAAGUGAAGUAAUGGAAGAAGAGAGACAUCGAGAUAGGGAAGGGAGGAAGAAUAGAAAUGCACCUGGUGGACACUGGAGGAGAUAUCAGCAUUGUUUAUUGGAGACAAAAAAUCAGUCAGAGUUUUAAUGGGAGUUUUUUUUUUUUUUUUUAGUGUAGUAAUCUGUGACAAAAACAGAGGAGGGGGGGGGAUUACAACUGGAUUUUAGGGAACUAUUUCCUCACUCCUGGGUGUGAUAAAGUGUUGAGCAGUCUGAUGUAACAGAGACAGAGAUGAACCUCUGAUAAGAUAAGACAAAAUGAGGUGUUAUAUCAAAGGCUUAGCAGCUAAAUGACUUUAACACACCUGAAUAUUGCACCAGAUAGCCCAGAGCUGUUUUCCCAUUCUCUUUGAAGCCGCCGACAUGCCCACUUUGAGGAAAUCCACGGUGGGACAGUGAAAUAAGACAAAAAGUAAGGGAGUGACUGAGCCCAAAGUUUAGAGGGUUGGUGGUCUUACAAAUGUGAUCAUCUCUCUGGUUUCAUCAACUCUAAGGAAAAAAAAAAAAAAAAAAAAACUGAAUACUAAAUCAUUAACAGAUUGAAGUCUUGUUAAAUAGAGAAAUAAAAAAAGGAAGAAUGGCAACUCAUCGUUAUCAGGUAAAUAGUUACAAUUAUGAGAUGAACAUAUGAAGAUGAUUUUAUUUCUUUGAAUAAAAUAAUGUAAUGAAAGGUUAAAACUACAAGAUCAAAAGUUAAAAUUGUAAGAUUACAAACAAAACAUGUAAGAUUAUAAAUCAGGUCUAUCAGUUAAAACCAAAAUGAUGAGAUAAAAGUCAAAAUUAUAAAAGAAAAAUUGGGAUUAUUAGAUUAAGAACAUAAGAAAUUAUGAAAUAAAAAGGUCAAAGUUUUGAGAAAAGAGUCACAAUAGUAACAUAAAAAGUGAAAAAUUAGGGGAUUAGUCAAAUCCUUCAUGAAACGAAGAGGUCACAUUUAUGAGAUUAACAGUCAGAAUUAUUGAAUUUAGAUAUGUAAAUAAAAGUUUGAAAUUACAAAAAUCAAAAUUAGGAGUCAUAAUUUGGAGAUAGCGGUCAAAAUUACCAUCAAAUCUGUUAUAAUUAUGGCAGAUAAAUCAGAAUUUACCAGAAUUAUAAGAUUAAAAAAUGUAAAUUGUAAAAUGAAAGUUGAUCAUUUGGGAUCAAUAAAUUAAGAAAUUAUGAGAUGGGAUUACCUGGCAAAAACGACACAGUGCCGUCUCCUUGAUUCCCAGUGUGUUUUUUUUAAUCUCUUUUUACUUCCUAUCUCAUAAUUAUCAUUAUAACAUUUACUCCCAUAAUCACUCCUUUUUAUCUCAUAAGGCAUCCUAUAUUCUGUAACAAUCUACUCUGAGCCUUCACUCACUUUCAUAUAUUAGAGAGAACUACUUACAGUGAUGAUUCAUCACUGAUGAACGCAGCUCACAAGGCCAUUGCUGCACACUGUUUAUUUCCGGCUGAGGUCCAAAUAGAGGGGAAUAAUGUGCCAGAGAACCAGAACGAACCAUCAGUAGUCAUGUUGCAUUGUGGGAAAUGUAGGUUGCAAAAGUUUUAUAAAGGAUAAUGUACAAAUGCAUGGCGUGAUACUUUUGUUUCUGCAGCGCUGGUGUUGAUUUUACUUUUUAAACUCCCUGCUGUGAGCCUUUUGCUCUUCUAGGAGUUGAAUUGGACCUUAUUUCUCUCCCUCCCUUUAAGGCUGCUGCCUGCGCCUGUCAUCUCACAGCCAGCACUUGUAGUCUAUGAGCUAACGUUGAGACUGAUAGAAAUCAUCAAAGGAGCAGAAGUCGGUUUGAAGAAAGUUUAAAAGACUCUUUCAACUUCUCCUUCUUCAGCACUUUGUUUAAUGUUUCUAUCUGAUGAAAUAAGUUUAGCAGCCAAAGGUUAAGUCAUUUUUCUGUGCUGGCCUGCUGCUAGAAACACUUCACAGCAGGAAACAAGAGGUGCAGCGAGAGCGAGGGAAGAGAUGGGGGCUACAGGGUUGAGUCCUGACCUGCUCUGCCUUGUUUGCCCAGGGAAAGAAGAGACCGCAGGCAGCAGCUACUCCCCUCCACCAGCAGCAGGAGCAGGAGCAAGUAUUACAAGAGAUUGAGGCAACUGCAGCAACUUCUCUUUCAUGCAAGCAGGGACAUGGUCUCCUAAAGCAGCUUCAAGGCAGAGAGAGAUUAGAGGAAAACCGUACGACUGCAGACGAAUUACAGGAAGGAGAGAUGUAGCCGCAUAGUGAGACACCUCGGUUCAACUGGAAGCUCUUCAUUUAGAUUAUAGCCCAUGUUCACACUAUAGCAUCCUGUAAAGAGAAGCACAAAGACUGCUCUGCUACAGUUUAGACCUGCAGCUGUUCAUGUUAAUGCUUGAUUAGGGUCUGUUUUAUACGAGGAGUAAUAUUAAUUAGCAUGUAUGUGUUGGAUAUUUGCUAACACUAGAGCUUUAUUUGUACGUCCGAGUGACAUGGCAGCGACUUGGACUGGCGUAAAUGACACAAGUUAAGAGCUUUAGGAGGCUGCAAGCUGAGCUGCCACUUUAUUUUACAAGCUAGCUACAUGCCUCAUUUGUUUGAAUUAAAUAGAUUAAGAAAAAUUAGCUCGUGUGAGUUGAAACUUGGAAUUGAUUGAUUAGCCUCUCUUAGACACUGCAGCUCUGCAACAGCACCAGAACCAUCGCAAUGCUUUUGUACUUUCAACCCUGCACCCCAAAAAGCAAGGUAUGGUGCCCCAGGGUGUGAUUUCACACACUGGACCGCCCCUCCCUGGUUGCUCCGAGCUAACUGCACAGAUCGUCAAGCCACCUCAACUAUAUGUGGCUUGAUCGAUUUCACUAUCAAUACUCAUCAAUUAUUGGGGAAGAUAAGGCUACAAUGCAACAAUAGAAGAGUUUGAAUUGCUUUCAAUAGUCACAUUACUCAUGCAACACUAAACACGUCAUAUUCUAACCCAACAUCACCUAGUUUGCUGUAUCUGGCUUUUACCCUGCAGAGUUUUCAACAUAGGGUCAUCAUUUUCAGUUGGGUUAUGCUCACUUCUUCGCAGCUGCUUUGAGUGGACGAGGAAAAGGUUGACUGAUUUGUGGCAGUAAGGAAGUGAGGAGUGAUUUCUAGACUCAAAGUCUGAGGUGCUGGGAUUGAGGUAUUGUUGCAUUUCUCUCCUUUUGUAUCUUCUACUUUGGUGAAAUGGAGCCAAAGCUCAGACCCCUUUGCCCAUCCAGAACCAGGACCUGAGAAACUGGAGCUCUGGACCAGACAGCAUCACCAUGUUUGUAUCCUUGUGCCAAAUCCUGUCUUCCAUAGACAGCUCAGUGUGGAUCCUGUUCUUAGAAGGAAGAUCCAAAUGCAGUAUAAACUCAUGACUGAAUUUUUAAUGCUCUUUGAAAACCUGAUGACUUGAAACUUUCUGCUCCGCUGGUUUCGUAGUUUCAGGUUCAUAUAUUCUUGAAAGUUUGACAUUUGAUGUUUAACAUGCACAGCAAAAAUCCAGCCUUUACUUGCUCCCAAAUCCCAAGUCUUCCCUCCUUCAUCCUUCCAGCAGCACAAAUCUCAUGAAAAAUGCUGAAAAUCCAGAAGUUUCAAAACGUGUAAAAAGUUUUCUCUACCUUGUGGUUGUCCUUUGAAAGCUAAGAAGUAAAAAUCUAUGAUAAUUUCACCUCCUUUAUCAGAAAACGGGCAUUUAACCGUGAAAAAUUGAAAAGAUUCCUAACCAGGCCAGCUUUCAUCCUGUUGACUCUUGUUUGGACACCAGGCGGAGGAGAAGAAGCACUUAAAAAGUAGUAUUCCUGUCCUUAGCCGGAAAGCUUGUUUAUUUUCCUGUGAAUCACAAAGAGCCAGAGCCCAAAACCGGUAAGAAAACAACAUGGGAGGGACGGAGAGGAAAAGUGGAGGAAAUUUAAUUAGCGGUUGUCCAUUCCUCGGGCCCCAGCGUUUGGUCUCUGCAGGGCAGAGCAGCAGGCAGUGCGAGGAGACAUGACUAGAAGCCCUGUUGAUAAGCAGCGGUCUGAGUCAGUGCAUUUGCAUCCAUGGUCAUGUUUGUGUAAGUGUGCGCGCCGGACACCACAAGACAUCAAACUGUGGAGGGAGGCAGGAAACGCUCCCCGCGGUGCUCAACAAGCUAGACAAACAUGUAUAUUUAGAAAGGAAGAUGUUUAAGUUCUCUGAAUUUCCCAGAACUUUGCGCUCUGUGCAUCAGCCUCAUUUAUUAUUUAUUAUCUCCUCACAAGCAGCUGAGGAAAAACCAACGCCCUGCUGUUUCAUCGCUUUAUUACCCAAAUACACCCGCUAAAAAGUAAAGGAGGGUUAAGAGGACAGACGGAUUCUCACUGUGAGAUUGAGUCAAUGUAGAGUUGAGAGAAUUCAGCAUUUAGCCAGAAAUCAGAGCACUGAGUGAAACAUGAGUUGUGUUAUUUAAGUGUCUUUCUGAAACGUCCUGCUGAUGAAUAUUGUUAAUAAAAUCAGACAGAAAGAAAGGAAACAAGAACUGAAAGGAAAAGCUGCCUCUAUCACAACAGAUAAAAUACUGAACAGACAUUUUAAGCAUCUGACAGACUGAAAUUAAAGACUAAGUCAGGGUAUCAAACCUGGGCUCUCAAUCCUCGCAUGUCAACUUUAAAAAGGACUUAAUAAAAAAGGGAAAUAACAAAAAAAGUGCCUUAUCACAUUUAAUUUAGGAGAAGGGCAUUUAGAGGGAAAGGGCACUUUCUAAACUUUUACCCACUAAAACAGCAUCCAGAGGGCACCUCAUCACAUUUUAUCCCUGAGUGCUUUUACCCAUGUUUUACUAAAAGAGUGUGCAGAUGGCACUUUUUCAGUAUUUUAUAGGAUGAAGGUGCAUUAAGAGAGUCUGUUCCUUGUGAUUUUUACACUGGAACAACAUCUUGAGGGCUUUUCUCUUUUACAUUAUAUCCUAGACUGUCCUGCAUGUUUUGGAUGUUUCCCUGCUCCAACACACCUGAUUCAAAUGAUCAGCUCGUUAUGAAGACAGAGCUUGAUAACGAGCUGAUCAUUUGAAUCAGGUGUGUUGGAGCAGAGAAACAUCCAAAACAUGCAGGACGGUGGGCCUCGAGGACUGGACUUGAGAACUACUGCUCUAGAUACAAGGACAUCCAAGGACAUGUGUCACUUUUUAAAAUCCUAGAGUGGAACUAGAGCGCUCUUUUUUAAUGCUGUAUAAGCUGCAAGCGCACCCAGAAGGCAAAUACCCCAUGUUUUACAUCCUGGAGGGACAGCCAGAGUGUACUUUUGCCAUGAUGGGCAUUUUCACAUGUUUUUUGAAUACUGGAGGAGCAUCCAGAAGAAACUGUUUUUGGUGUUUUACAUUAUGGAAGUGCAUCCAGAGGGUAUUUUCCCAUGUUUCACAUACUGAAGGGACAUCCAGAGGGCACUGUUCUAGAUUUUCUAUCCUGAAAAGGAAAUUAUGUUUACUUAUAUAUUUACUGGGAGGACAUCCAGACGGUAUUUUUUUUUGUUUCAGGCAACUUUGAUAAGUUUAGUACUUUAGAGGAGCAGUUUGAUAAGAUACUUCUCGUGCACUCGUACCAUAAAAGGAGUUUUAUCAUGUUUUAUAAAUACCAGGUGUCUUUAAGCAAGGAGCUGUGAAAAUAAACUUGGUAACAUCCUGAGAUAGUUUGUCAUCAGGAUCUCCUGUGACCGCAGCCUCCUCUGCCUCUCUGGUUGUCCCCUCCUGGUCAUCAGUGGUUGACAUACAACACAUUGUGUGGCGUGUUCACAGACAGGCUUAUAGGUUGAGUUUUGGCACAGUGCCUCAAUAUGGACAGAGGGGAUUGUGGGUAAACCGCACACCAGUCCAGCAGGACAUACAGAGGGAGAUUUGGGGCGAAUGUAAUGACCUCACUAUCGGACAAUGACAAGGCCCGCCCCAGGUACACUGAUCCCUGACCCUGCCUGUUGUGAACAUACAUGACCACACAAACACACACAUACACACUGAUGCAGAUUGUGAUGGCUAUCUGUGUCAGUGUGUGUUUGCAGAGAGAAAACCAGUUCCCAUGGGUGACAGGUUUGAACCCCCAAAAUAGGAGGCAGAGAUUUGGACUAAACAUGGAUGAAGAUGUGAGCCUCAGAGCUGCUCCAUCCAAUCAAGUGUGGAAAGCCUCUCCACAGGGAGGGGGUCUGAGGUUUCCUACGAUAAUACCCUUACUCCCUCCAGCCCACUUCUCUAAAUCAGUGUUUUUAAAAUCUUGAAAUCUCCCACAGGGACAAUCCUGUGUCUUUGUUGUCCCUCUGAUUGUUCUUUUCCUAUUCUUCACCUCAUCUUUCCCAACUCAGCGCACAAUGUGAGGUGGCCAUUCAACUGCCAUUGCAUAACCAGAAUUAUACAAGUGAAUUGUGCUAUCAAAUUUUGUGUGUGUGUGUGUGUGUGUGUGUGUGUGUGUGUGUGUGUGUGUGUGUGUGUGUGUGAGGGGGCACAUCUGAGGGGUCCUGCCUGUGGAAGUUGGCGGUGAGCCGACCCCAUUAAAGAGUCGAGAGAGAUGGAGAGAGAAAGAGAGGGAUACUCGCCCUCCCUCAUCAUGAGACCCAGAUAAAGUCUCCCUCUUCUUACCCUGUACUGACCUGAUAUCCACAGCAAACUCUUUCAAAAUACGAAGAAUAACUAUCACAGAUUAAAGUUUUUGUUGCACCACUUCUAGCUGAGGCUGCGUCUAAAACUUCUGACAGAGAUGCACUAAGAAAGGAAAGCCUGUGGAGAGAUAAAGGAUGUCGUUAAAUUUUAAGUAAGAGUUUAUUUCUCUUUUUGUUUUUUUGUUCAAGUGAAUUUAACCAGGGUCUGUACAAAGUCAUAAAUCAGGUGUAAGGCCUUUCAAGUCUCAUUUGAGAUUUUAGAUGUCACUUUGACUAAUAAACGUCCAAAUAGGCCAACUUAGUCAAAUUUGGCCUAUUUGAUUAAGUUGGCCUAUUUGGACCAGUUUAUCUAACAUAAUUUUUUUCUUUAUCCUUUUAACUAUGUUCACCUGAGCUCUCAUACCUGAUUUUCAGUAAUCUCACUCCAGCACCCCUAUAUUAGGCUUUUAUUUUGAAAGUCGGCGUGGUUCUCCUGCUGUAUGUUUUUCCUCUUUAACUUGUUUUAUACUUAGUUAUAAUUAUUUUUUCCCCUGAAUUUAAUCACUGGAAUGGAGGUCAGGGGCAAAGUGCAGAUGUAAGUUUGUAAAAGAGCUUUGAAACUUAAGAUAUAUAGUUAAAUAACAUUUGUAUUCAAAGUGCUUUUAAUUUAAUUAACCUGCUGCAUUAAUGCCUGUUCUGUGUUCGUGUCUCAACACGGUCCUAAAAGGUCAAAAUCAUGUCAAGAAUAUUUGCAUCUGUAGCUGUUUUCCUCAGUCAGCAAAAUCCUCGUAAUAACAAACCUCUGCAUCGCCACUCAUGAUUUUAAAACUCCUAUGAGGGGUUUUUGGCUCUCAUAAAAUAGACUGAAUUUCAUGUCCAAAAACAAAAAAAGCCCAUCAGCGACUAGAUCAACAGUUUUUAUAGCCUCUGUUUUUUAAAGCCUGACACCAUUGUGAGGGGGUAGGUGUCAGCCAAGCUGCUGAAGAAACAGCACUUUUUUUUUUCUUGACAAUUCACGCAUAAAAUAUAACAAUAAAUGAUUUUACUGUCAAAUGUCAGCAGGAUGAGAGUCAGAAGUCAAGUUUGUAGAGGACGAAACUGAGGGGGAGCUUUAAGCCUGUAAGGGCCAAACGAAGUGCAGCACUGAGAAAAGUUGCCCACCAUGGAUAUGUGUGGGGUUAACCCUGCUACCUUAUUAACAUAGAAUCCCUAAUCUUGCAUUAGUGGCAAGGAACUGCCACUGUCACUUAGUGGCCUAUAAAAUCAUCUAUAAAUGAAAAGUUGCCCUUUUUUUUUCAUGGCUGUCAUCAUUGACUUCUGCUCUAACCACUCAUAAGAAAAAAUCACCCAGCUUCAAACUUUUAACCCUUUUAAUUUUAGUGUAAACACAUUGUAAAAAAUGCCCAAAUUUAAAAAAAAGGGCUAAAAAUAAUAAGAGUAAUGCAAAAUCAAAUUUCUUUGUGCAGGAUUAUCAGAACCUAUGAGUGGUAUGAGUAUGUGUGAAAUUAGUUUUAGUUGCAGUUUCAGUUUUUGCGCGACAGCCUAAAAUAAAAAAAAAACGACUUAUCUUGCAUUAGUGGCACGGAACUGCCACUGUCUUUGUGGCCUAUAAAGUCAUCUACAAAUGAAAAGUUGCCCCUUUUUUAUCAUGGCUAUCAUCAUUGACAUCUGCUCUAACCACUCAAAAGAAAAAAUCAACUAUUUUCAAACUUUUAAUCCUUUUAAUUUUAGUUUGAAACAUGUAUGUGCGUGUGUGGGUGUUUGUGUGUACUUUCGUGCGUGCGUGCGCGCGCGCGUGUACCUGCGAGCGAGUGUUUGUGUGUGCCGGCGUGCGAGUGUGUGUGUGCGUGUGCGUCUGUGUGUGCGUGCUUACGAUCUGUGGAGCUGAGGGGCGGCACAGCAAUUAGCCUACGAGUUACGUCGGACUGCCGGAUGCAAAACCCCGUUACCCGGAAGAAGAAGAAGGAUCGGGACCAGAGCAGUGGAUUAAACACUGCUCUGGUCGGGACUGACCCGCGAUGGGGAUGAGCUUUGUGUGUGUGUGUGUGUGUGUGUGUGUGUGUGUGUGUGUGUGUGUGUGUGUGUGUGUGUGUGUGUGUGUGUGUGUGUGUGUGUCCCCGCCGCGAAGCGCGUAAAAUUCGCCGGCGACGACCAUCCGACACCCCCGUUUUCGAGUGGUGAGGUGAGGUUACCACCUCCAGAGCAGCCAGCGGCUCCCCGCCUUUGCUGACGCGGGCCUAAGGCUAUCUGAUCACGGGUAACGGGGCGGCUGUACCCGGGGCAACCUCGGACGCUUGGGGCGCAUGUGCCAUGAACGCAAUCGCUGGCUGUGACGAGCGCGCGCAAGAUCAUGCGCGUGCACAAACAUUUGCACACGAACACACACGACCAUGCACACACGGAAAACACUAACACAUAAAAAAAAAUACAUGCACACCUGAUUUAUUCACUUCUACAGUCCACUUUUGUUUUUUUGCAAAAAAUGGCCUCUCACUGAAGGUCAAUAACGAAUAUGAAAACAAAUGAAAUUUCAGCAUUCAUAAUUUGAAAAAGUUGGAUUGGAAAUAGACUCAAGAUAAAAUGCAAAAAAAUGGGGGGAAAAAUCUGAUUUGAACUCUUGUGGCAGUAUAUUACAAAUAGGUAGCAGAUUUUCCUUCCAAAAGACUGCAUCUAUCAUAGGCUGUGGUUUACGGGUGUGUCAAACUGACCAAAAUGGUAAAAAAAAUAAAAAAAACACCAGAAUAACAAAUUUGAGACAGAUUCAUGCCCAAAUAAAGUAAAAUGGUAAAAAUAAGAUAAAAAAAUGCUUAAUUUUAUUAGUGAUAAAAUUAUGUGCAUUUUUUGAUUUUUGAAUAUUGUAAUUUUUGCCAAAUUCCCAUAAGGAAUAAUGGGGUUUUGACCACCUGGCUAGAUCAGCCUCUAUUAUUCAUGAAAAAAAAGGUGCACCUUGUGGCUGAAAGUGCACAGUGCAUCUUUAAUGUCUUCAGAAAAGGGGGAAAACAGUCUUUGCUGAAAUUCAUUUUUUUCCCACUGAUAUGGGUAUAUGUAAAAGACAAGUGGUUUCCCAUUGGAAUGCAUGGGGCACUUGUGUGGCGCUAAUGCAAGAUUAAGCAUAUUUGAAGAAAAAAACAUAACCAUAGGGUUUUUUUUCUUCAAUUUCAGGUAUAUCAUGCCUCAUCACAAAAUACACAUUUUCUAGGAAUUUCUUUGCAAGGGCAUUAAUAGAAAAAAAGUUAUAGCAUCAAAGACAAGGCCUUACCCCUCCAGAAACCUUAAUAAGGUACAAGGGUUAAAAUCACUUCAUUUAUUAAUAACAACAACAGUAAAGUCGCAAAAUUACGUCUUGGAGGGCGAAACUUCCUUUCCCAUCUUGGCCACUAUUAGUUUAAAGCUCGGGCUCAGUAUCUGAAGUAGAUUUCAAAUAGAGUACUUUUUAUUCUUGACUAUAUUAACAGAUAUUACUUCUACUUCAUAAAAAACCUCAGUUUGAGAUAUCUUUUAUUUGUCCGAUGACUUUCUGUGAAGUAAACUGAGCGAUACACAGCGUAAACAGGCCCCCAGCAGGGUGAAACAGGACCACAACUCUUCCCUAGACCAGCACUCUAUCAACAGGUUUAAAUUCACAUCCUGGCCUGACUCCCCUCCUCCACUUCGGUAUUAAGGACAGCUUAGAGAAACCUGCCUGGGAUUCAUAAAGGUGUCUGAUCGGCCCUCGUUCCUAUCCUCACAAGUGGAUUUUUAUGUGCUUCGUAAACAGUUUUUAUGCAGCUCCAGAAUCGGGGACUCAGAUGUCGUGGGACUUGUAUAAAAUGCUCCAAAUAAAUAUUAAACAGGAAUAUGGGAGAGUUCAAACGUUCGAGGAGGUGGAGGGGAGGAAAAGGAACAAUGAACACACACAGUCACCAGAGAGGGUUUGCACUUAGAUUUACCUCUUUUUAACCCGCAAUCGAGGCGUGAAACCUCCACCAGGGAGGGAGGAGUCCAAACCUAAAAUAAGAGCAGACAGGAAGUGAUUGGCAGCUCAAGCAAGUUUCUUUAAUUCAGGUGAUUGCCUCUUAAAAGUGCUCCAGAGUAAUACAUGUGUAGAGGGUAAUUAUUCAAUUUUUAUUUCACAGUGUCAAAGCCGUUGUUUAUUUAUCACCCACCUGAUACGAUUAGAUCAACAGAGUAAAAUGUUGUGACAGAUUUACAGUCUGCCAGUGAUGUGCUAACAUCAAACAGUAGGAGAUCUAAAAAAGAAAAAAAAAAGGGUGAGUAAUAUGCUCAAAACGUCAAGAUAAAAUACAUGACUGUGUUUGCAAAAAGCACACCAUGUACAGUAGAAUAAAGCAGAGAGAGCAUAGUUUUCAUUUCUUUCCCCAGGCUGCACCAACUUCCAAUCAGAUGACGUGCAGCCACGUUGAAAAAGUCUUAUUUUAUUUUAGCUGAAUGUAAAUAAUGUCUGUGCGCACAUGGGAAGAGAGAGGGAGGGGAAAAAAAGAAGAAGAGGGCAACCACAUAUAAGAAAAUCCAUGGGAGAAAAGUAUGCCUUUAUCUUUUAAUAAACCGUAAAGCCAGGAGGCAACAUGAAAUUACAGCAUAAUAGCAGAGGAGAGUCUUCUGAAGACUUAAUUGCCUUAAUUAUAGCGGUGCAGAAAGAGAGAGAGAGAGAGAAGAGAGGAGGAGGGAAGCAGAGGAGAGGAAAGUAGGAGAGAAAGUGUGAGAGAAGAGCUAGUGCAUUAGCCAGAUGUCACAAGUGUGAUCCAGGUGUGCGUCUGCUGCCUGUGUUUGAGCACUUAACCUUCUGUUGCUGAUGUAUAUUUACACAAAUCUACUCAUGCAGAGUGUUGUGGCUGCUCGUGCUGUGUGUGUGUGUGUGUAUAUAUGUGUGUAUCUGUGUGUGUCCCUGGUCCACGUGAAUGAUGAAGUGAGCGCUACUCUGAGGAAAGUUUCUUUCAGACCACUGCGAGCGUCUCUCCCUCAGAUCUUACAAGCUGGCAGCCUCACUUAGGGAUGCUAAACAUAGCUUUUCAUUUUCCUCUGCGUCUAGACGGAGUUCUCAGUACUCUCUCUUUCUCUCUUUCUCUCUCUGCUGCGGUUUCUGUUCACUUGGGGGGAAGAUUGAACCCUAAUUCUCAUGCCUUCUCAGCCAGCGGGAAGUUUGUUUAGCCAGCAGUAUUGUGAAGUACCUGUGAAACUGCCCCCAGUGCAGAGUUCAGGUGGAGAGUUGGGAGUGCGGACGUCUGAUCAAAGACUCGCUUCAUGAACCAGAGAUCAUCUUUCAGCUUUGAGAAAGUGAUAACAGACCUUUUUCUUAGUCCUUUUCUUGCACCUUCCUGUUAGGGCCUGUUUUUUUUGCUCACAGAUUCUCCUCCAAAAAAAAAAAAAAAGUUCUACUACCAAAAGUAUUGUUAAGUAGGUAGAAAAAGAGCAACAAUCGACAAGAAAACAAACUAUUUUGUAAGAUCUGAAACCACAGAUGACUCACCGAACACAACAGACGGGAGCCGCUGACUGUGUUUCGAUAAAAACAACAGCAGAAAAAUCCUCUCUGCACCUUUUGCAGAAUUUCAAGAUGGUGUAAUUUGUGUUUGAACAAGUUAUCUGAUAAAGGCAAAGCUGCCAGAAUUUCCACCCAAACAAAAGUUAUUGAAAGCUGCAGGAAAACAUCCUUCGAUAUGCAAAGCAAAGGCACUUUUGACAAAGAAGAGGGCCGUCUGCUAGGAAAGAAAUGAAAUAGGAGUCUAAAGUCAUCGUUUUGCAAGAAUAAAGUUGUAAUUUUGAGCAGGUCCAAUUUUCAGCUGCUCUUUGUCUGAUCUGUUGAGUUAAACUUCUCGAGCUCUUCCUCUGGUAUCCUUUAUGUGCUGUUGUGAUUAACCAUAGCAUGUAAAUACAACUUCUUCGCCAUAAAAUUAUCACUUAAUUCUCAUCAAAUUACAACAUUAUUCUCAUGAAAUCACCAUAUCACCUUCCCACACCACCACCACCACAAUGGUCACAUGAUCAGAUUCAACCCCAGUUUCAGUCUCAGAGAAGCCUAACUGCAUUUAUCUAGUUUUUCAUCUCCCUUUAAAGCUGCAUGUGUGUUAUAAUAAAACCUCCUAUCUUCGUCACUUCUUUGUACUCAGAUGCCUGAGCUGAAACCUCAUCACAGCAUUAUCCUUAAGAUAUAGGAUACCUAACAUGAUAACGUUUUUGAGUCUUAAUCUAAUCUGUUGAUCGUGAAUGAAAAGAUUAAACUGUCAUCUUGUCUCCACUUAACCCUGAUUAACUGAACCAACUGACGCUGGUGGAAAUUCCUGCUCAGAUUGAAUGAGGCUGUUUUGAGUGGAAGAUUGCAGAGUGGUAUUCAUCCUGUUGAUAGAGGACUGAGUCCACAUUCACGCUUUUCAAAUACACUAGAUCUCCUCAGUAGAGAUAGUCGAACAAGACUGAUCUCAGAAGUUUCUAUUUCAAAUGACUGGAUAGUCUAGGGGUAAGAAAAGACAUUUUUUUAAAUGUUGUUGAUCCUUCAAGUUUUGUACAGUCUACAGGGAAGACCCGAGUGGCUACCUUACAGUUUGGACACAGCUUAUGACUGUCACUACAAGUCAAACUGCAUCAGUGUCUUUUAAACAGUGAAUUCUGGUGAACAGUGUUACAUUGACUUCAUGCGAACAUCCCUUCGCCGCUCGUCUGAAGUCAGACAGAUGUUCAGACUUUAUCCUCACUAAAGUGUUCAAAGUUUUGCAGGUAAUAUUUGAGCAGUCCCCGCUUAGUAAUAAGUAUUAACUCUGCCUUUAUCAUCCGAUGUUGUCGUUUCUUUUUACGGGUUUUUGGGAAGGAGAUGUGUCAUAAUCUUGAGGAGAAAGAGUUUGCCUGUGGCUGCAUUUUUGUUGUCGUCAGGCAAGUCCCUGCACUGCAGCGCGGGCCUGCCCGAGUGGAGAUUCUUUAGGAGGGAGAUCUCUUUCUUCUCAAAGCGUCUUACCAAGAGCUAUUAAUUAUUAACCAGGAGAGCGAACAUCAAAGGAGCAGACUAGUGCUGAAUUAAACGGGGGCUGGAGCCCGGCAGUGUGGAGCAGAGAGAAAAACUGGGUGAGAGGGAAAAGCCGAGUGAGAUUUUCGCUGCACUCGCUUUUGAACUUUCCCAGCACACACACAAAAAAAAAAAAGAAAAAGAGAGAGAAGAAAGAAGAGAGUGAUGUUAGUUUAUGUUAAAGAGGUACAGAGAGGAGUUUAUGUCCUCUAGUGCCCACACUGCUGGGAAAGACUGAAUCAGUUUUCAGGGUUAAUUAGUCUUUAAUGAGCUAUGACAGCCUGAUUCAUAAACAUCGUAUCUGUGGAAUAAACCACGAGGAAAUCUCAUUCAGAUGCAGCUGAAACACCUCAGAGUCAGGCUCUAUGUGUGUGUGUGUGUGUGUGUGUGUGUGUGUGUGUGUGUGUGUGUGUGUGUGUGUGUGUGUGUGUGUGUGUGUGUUGUUCUGAAGCUGAUACACAGUGAAGCUGCAUUAACAGAGAAAUACAAAAGCCACUCUUUUCUAUUAAAGGCCUUUUUUUAGUUUGUUAGUUUGUUUUUUUUCUCUCCUGAUGGGAUUCGUCCACACAGAAGCUGAACCUCUAAACACAUUUUCAGUCAAGGUGAUCUGGACUAUCAAAUAUGUCCUAUAUGUAGAGCCAUUAUUGAUCUACAGUUAUUGAUUUUAAUCACUCAAACAGGAGGGAAAACAGUAAAAGUUUAUUAGUAUCCCUACUUCUUGGAAAGCUUCAAUUAUGAAGAGGUCUUGUUAACUCUGGAUGGACGAAGAGGAACUGUAUAAAAAAAGAAAGCUAAAGUAUAAGAUAUACAUAAACAACUUCUGCUUUUGUUCAUAUUUCUGAUCUGUAUGAUGGUUUAAAGAUUGACACAUGAAUAGAGAAGCAUCAGUGAUAGACGAUCAGAUUCAGCUUUGUGAAAGAGCAGCUAUUACACCACCAGAACAGCCUGUUUAUAGGGGUGUGUGAUGUACUGAGUUUACGUGUUGCUUCACGUUAGAUAUGUAAAAUCACAAUGUCGCAACAGUCAAGUAUUAUACAUAUUGUAGCUCAUGUUAUAACGACACAGAAAACUCUCCUCCUGUUUUAUCAUCUGAAAAAUAAGCAUUUUGAUUUGAUCAGCUCUGGCCAAUGCUGUGUAAAAUAAUCAACUCAUUGUUAGGGGUGGGAGAAAAAAUUGAUACAUCAUAGUGUCGCAGUGUUUUGUCUGGUGAUAUAUCGUAUCAUCUCAUUUACUCAAGUAUCGAUUUUUUUCAAAUCAAUUGCUAAAUAUCAGGUCGAUGAUAAUGGAAAAAUAAAAUCAGCUGUUUGUCCAGUGAGGUUGGCAGAGGUGACAUCAUAAAGCAGGAGAAAGUUAGAGCAGCACAUAUAUUUUAGGUUUGUGUGAUGUGCUCCAUGAAUAUAAAAUGCAGUAUAAAUAAGACGAACAGAAAGAAAAGCCAAAUACUAAAUUAGCUAAACAGUUGAAAAAUGUAGCAAAAUGUUAAAAAUCGUGAUCAUUUCGUUUCAUGGCCCAAGUAUCAUGAUAAUAUCGUAUUGUGGCGUCACUGGUGAUUCACAGCCCUACUCAUUAUACUGAUGGACGGACAGACAUGUGGCAGUCCUUUGUGACAAUAUCAAUACUCUAUAAAUAUAAACAGCCAAAUCCCCGACAAUGGUAUGUUCUUAAGUUUGCUAAUACGACCAGUCAGAAUCCAGCACUUCACACAGUGUGUCCGUGUCAUACUAGAUGAAGUUCGCACAGGCCAGAGAGAGAGGCAGAAAAGUGUUCAACAUCCUCUAUCAGAGCGGUGUUGCCAGUUGUGAAAGAGAUCAGUUUAGCCUCUCCCCGUCUUUCCUCUGUGUCCUCUCACAGUGCCCGCUGACUGCAGUCCUGACACUCUCCAGCCGCUCCAGCAGAGUCACAGCACUGUACAUUGUCACUUUGAUCUUCACCCCUCCACCCCUUCUUCCCUCCAGUUAUGAAGAGCUCUGGCAUGAACCCAAGGGCACUUGAUAAUACCAGGAUAUGAUCCCAGCCACGCUAUUUUAGAUCAUGUAGUGCAGACAUCAAAACGCCGUCUAAAUAGGGCGCCGUGAAUCAAGCUGGGUGAGAACGGGUUGUAGGGCAAAGCAGGAGUUAAGAUAAAGGAACUUUUUUCCCCCCUCCAGUCGAGGGGAAGCCAAUUUGGAUUCAGUGAGGAGAUACUCAGGGUUCUGCAGAUCCAAGCAUUUCCUUUAUCUUCGCCUUGAGCAGAAGUCUUCAAAAGAGCUCUGCGCUGCUGACUUUCCCUGCUCGCAGAUGAAAGACGCUCACUUUUUAAGCAGCUGGAAAUCCUUGAUAACUUUAUACGACUUUCCUGAGCGUGCACAGCAGAAUUCAAGUCUGCUUCUUGUCAUGCAGAGUUGCAUCACAUGGAGUUAUGCAUGCAUUAGUUCUUCACAGGAUGAGGCGGUUUGUGACAAGGAGACGCAGACCACAUGUGUAGCUUUGCAAAUAUUGUUAGUGUGUGUUGUUGACCUCUCGCCUGUUGCUUCUCUCUCUCCUCUUUAGUCAUUGCGGUGGCUCUGCAUGUGAUUACACUAAGGCAGACGACUCCCUCUAGUGGCUAAAUCUGGAGAAGUGGAGGAUGCAGUUGCAAAUUAAACAUGCAUGCACUAUCUUGUUUUUUGGUUCCUUUUGCACAUAUCUUAAUGGUUUCAUUUUGUUGUGUGUUUCCAGGCGAAGAGAGCGGUGCAGCGAGGAGCCACAGCCGUCAUCUUUGAUGUGUCGGAGAAUCCAGAUGCCAUCGACCAGGUUUGUGCCCACCUAAAAUCAUCCCAAGUGUUUCAGUCACACAGAAAACAGCUGCUUUUUACAGAAAGCUCCACAGCAGCAGCAGCAGCAGGCCCUGCCCUUCUGACUGUGUGCCGUUUGUGCAAACAAUGAUCUGUCUAUCUUUAGUCCUUGCUCAAAAGCACACCGAUCAGCCUGGCUCAAGCCUUUUGAGCUCUUUAACUCGUGUUCCUGCUCUCUGUGAGGACUGAAAACGAAUAUCCAGGGUUCAGCUUUCACUAGACCGUGACCAAACUCUCUCUGUUGAGCUCAUAAUUGCACAGGUAGCACACAUUACCUCAUCCCUUGAGACUACGGAUCUGCCUUUGUGUGUGUGUGUGUGUGUGUGUGUGUGUGUGUGUGUGUGUGUGUGUGUGUGUGUGUGUGUGUGUGUAUUUUGUGGGAGCACACAUACACUAUAUGAAGAACAAAGUGCAUUUCGUGUCUCACACCCAGACGCUCACAUUCCUCCUCCUUCCACUCUUUUCUCCUCGCUCCUGCGUCGUUGCUUUUUAGAGGUAUAAUACAAGAGUUUGCCUUUGUCGCAAGAAUUCUCCUGUGGUAUUCAUCCUCGCCACACCAGGCCUGGACUUGCAGGUUUUUCUUUUUUCUUCCUCCCUCCCUCCCUCCUUGCCUCCUCUCCUCUGCCGCUGGGUCGUAAAGCGCGUAGCUGAGAGAUAAAAGGGAUUGCGCGGAGACCACAUGAAAGGCAGCGCUGGGCGGCUGUGUUAAAUUCCCCCGAGAGGCUUUUCCAGUCAGAGCGGCCCGAUCAGCACAGACAGGACCCACAAGGCCAAGGGGCAGGGAGGAGGAGCUUAGGGAGAAUUAAGGUCCUGGGGCCGAAAUUAGGAGUAGCUUCAUGAAGUUAAUGUACUUGACCUCCUUUUUUUCCUCUCGAUUAAUGCUGUAUGUGAGGCCAAGUGGAGGCUUUUAUAUGGGGAAAAGUUUGUGAUUAACUUUCAACAGUUUUUUUCCUCUUUCCCUGGUUUGUUAAGGUGGACUUCUUUGUGGUUAAUUGUUUGUGAAAUGCUAGACUAAACCCACGGUGGAGUCAUUUCUCAAGGCAGGAGCAGCAAGAGAGAUCAAAAGUUUCAGAGUCUGUACUUUUAAACCAGAACACAGAGCGUUUCACUGGGGAACAUGACGACAGCAGAAGAAAUAGAAAUGCGAAUAUCCUCGGUAUUUCCCUUGGGCUUUUCAAAUUACAGAUUCCAACCAACAGACGAAAGAGGGAGAGGAGGAAUAAAGGAGCAUGUCAACUGGCUCCAAAGCCAGAACGUACUACUCACUGACUGUUUCCUCCUGCCCCGUCUGACAAACUCUGACCACAGUUUCCAUGUCUUCAGCUUUGAGGUCAUUUCUCUGGAUGGUAGGAGAGAAAAUGACGUGAAGUCAGGAAGUGGUUCUCAAACUUUUCCCUGAACGACCCCUGAAAAAGAGUCUGUGACCCUCUGUAAUAACAUUUAUCAUCUAUCAGCAUGAAGCUGCAGCAGAACAGUGUUUUUCAUCUCUGUGUUUAAGUUAAGCUGCUAGUAUUUCAGGACUGACAGCAUCGCCUUCAGGACCAAAUAUGUCUUUGAGAGUCCAUAAAAGGCUUUUUUCUUCAACCCUUUUUUCUUUACAUUAAAGACUCUUUAGUUUUUAAUUAGACAAACUGAUGAUGGUCGCUUUGAUUCCUCCCUCUUUGUCUGCAUCUGUUUUGGUCUUUAACUUCAGCUCCGCUCACUAACCUGGCAGUGUUGAUGUUUUUCAUGCGGUCAUGUGUUGAGUUGUGACUUCUCUAGAGAUGGGCAACUGAGCACUAAGCUCACUCAAACAAUACAGUUUUAUUGAGUUAUUAUCAGAGAAUGAAGGUGUUCUGUUUCCUGUUCAGGACUUCAUUAUAGGGAUACCAACUUCAGCAAAGACCUCACGAUAGCAAUACACAGUGGUCUACGUCUCCACACACAAACCUCAACCAAAAAGACACUUGUAGCCACAAAUAAUGCUCAGCACAGCACCUAACUUCAUCACACAGGGUCCCAGCCAUGGUACUAGCCACCAAACAUCUUUUUAGCUUUGCCUGAUUUCUUUAGCAAAGAGACCAAACACAACUCACCCACUCUCUUUCAGCAGCUGCUUGUGAGUGGGGGAGCCCUGAUGAGUCGAUCACCUACUGCAGCGGUGUGACGCAGCUCAAGGAAGAACAUUUGUGAUCAUUUCUUUAUCAUUUCCUUAAAGUAAUAAUCAUAUUAAUCUUUUUGCCCUGCAGACGCGGUAGUUCUUCUGGACUUUGCAUCCCGGUCUAAUUUUAUUUCAGUGAAGUAAUAAUCAUAAAUGUUCCUCCUUGAGCUGCGAAACUCCGCUGCACUCGGGGUUGUUUUACUUGGUGUGACGGUGUGUUUGACCCCAACUUAACUUUACACCUGAAUAUCCCUUUAAGUUUGGUGACGCACACGCCAGUGUUGGUUUGAUUACCGAUUAUAUUUAUGGUGAUACCAUAAAUGUUCGUCAACUCCUUUUUUUUUAUUUCAUCGAACAAUGAUGAGUUACAAACGACAAAGAUGAAAAAAAUGAUGUUUAAAAAGUUGUUUUCAAUGACAAAAAUAACAAAAAUGUUUUAGCUAAAUGUCCACGACAUUUACACACUACUCUGUGAAAUACAAGCUGUGUAUCCCUGUGAAAGGAUGAGUUCAGAGUUUCCUUAGUUUGAAACUUUGGUUUAUCUGUUUGGAGGCAAACGAGAGAUCACUCUCAUUCAGACUAACUUGUAGCAGCGACUAACUUUAAAUUACUGCAGAUGCAGUAAAAGGUGCCUCACCGCUGCAUGUAUAUUUUAAAUAAAAAGGUCAAAAUUAAAGCUGUGUCUUGAUUUCUUCUCUCUAACAUGGAUCAAGCUUGACAAUCUCGAUCCUUUUUCCCAUGAUGCUUCACAAACACUUCACAGCUGUUUUCACAGUCUGACAUCUCAUGAAAAGAAGGAAUUUUAUGUGCUCCAUCAGUAAUGAGAUCCUUUCACAGAAGACCACUACAGUCCACAUGAAACGGCUUUAGUGUCGUUUCUGAAAUCCACGCCUGAUGUGUGUGUUUUUAAGAUCUCUGUUUUCCUUUCUUCAGCUCAACCAGGUCGCUGAGGAUCCUCUGAAGCGGCCGGUGGUUUACGUGAAGGGCAAUGACGCCGUUAAGCUGAUGAACAUCGUGAACAAGCAGAAGGUUGCUCGCGCUCGGAUACAACACAGACCACCGAGGGUAAGCGCUUCAAGCCAAAACCCCAAAACCACCCUGUGUGUGUGUGUGUGUGUUGGUGACUAAUCUAAGGCACAUGUGAGGAGCAUGAGGAAGAGGUGAACAUGUUUGUGAGGCCAAACAGCGCCAGAGUUUGUAGAUGUGAAGACAGCUGAAGAAUUCCAGCUGUGAAACGCGACCCUUUCUCCUCUCUCCCUCCAUCUGGGCCGCCUGGAGGCCGAGGAGGUUUUCACAGAGCUGUAAGAGAUUAAUAUCAGCUGUUCAAAGAGCUGUUUGUUUGCUCUGAAUAUUUGAUAAGCGCGCAGCACACUUUGAGGGCGAAUAACUUGACAUAAUGAAAGCCCGAGAGAAAGGGCAGCCUGAUAAGAGAGGUUUUUCUGAUGGAGAAUAAAUAAGUCUGCUUAUUCUUUCUGAAAUGUUUUUUUUUUUUUUUUAGAUAAAACAAAAGAGUUAGAUGGGCUCUUGUUCUUGUUUGGACCUCUGCACUGAAAUACUGUCUUUACAUAGUCUAUCCAACACUUUACGGUACUCUGAGCGCAGGGUCAAGACUGACAUGUGAAAAGUUCUGAAGCUGUUUGUGGAGUAUAGCAGAGCACAUUUCACCUGAUAAUGUCUGUUUACAUUCCCGGCCGGCAGUGGGGCACUGGUUUAGCUCAGUCAGGUGCCCAGUGUAAAGAGGUAAAGUAGGUUAUGGAGGUUAUGCUGCAUGUUCACCUCUUACUCUCUGAUCCUCCCCAUGAAACAAAGCUGAGGAAACAGUCAUUCAAAACCAUGUCUUUCAUUUGUGAACUCUCUUUCCUUUGUGUCAGUUUUGGUUGUUCUCCUCUUUUGUCCUGAAAAAGAGGAAAAAGAAACACUAACUUGUGUUGCUGUCGAUUACCUGACAGUAAAUGUCCUACUGGGCGUGCUGGUUUCAUCGUAAUAAUAUUAGAAACUUUAACUUUGAUCACAGGUUUUUAUGAAGGUGUUCUCUUUUCCUUUCCACUUUCACCUGCUCUUUUUAUUAAAGGUUAUUUGACAUGUGUCCUCUUUCUGCUCCUCUUCUUUUCCCGCAGCAGCCCACGGAAUAUUUCGACAUGGGCAUCUUCCUGGCUUUCUUCGUGGUCGUCUCGCUGGUUUGCCUCAUUCUGCUCAUCAAGAUCAAGCUCAAGCAGAGGAGGAGUCAGGUGAGCGUAUGAACACACUUGUCGCAGCUACUGCAGGAGUUUAAAGCGCCGACAUCUUUAUCAAUUACUGAGUCAUAGAGGCGCGAACUCACGUCCUCGUUCACACAACACACACCCAGAAACACGGGCUGUUAGUCAGGCGGCGGAAGCGUCGCUGUUGAUUGAUUCUGCUCGUGUGUUGACGAAAAUCUCUCAGUGGAGGCUCAUGUCGGGGUGGGAGAAUCAGGAUAAGCAUUUAAUUAACCCUGAUGAGAGGUUGGCUGCUGGAGCCGAAGGCGCAGAAAUGUUGUGACAGAGCAGGGAAACAGUCAUGGCAUCCGUUAAGACAGGUGUGUGUGUGUGGGUGUUUAAUAGCUCUGUGUGUAUGUGUGUGUGUGUGCGUCACAGAAGUGGUUAAUUAGCACCUCACAACAGGGUUGCCUUUCACAUAUAACAACUUCUCCUUCCUGAAAUGUGGCAAAUUAAUCAAGUAUUUAUAGGAGUAAAUAUGGUAUAUUGACAUUUUUUCAAACUUUAGUAAACUUCAGUAAACGUUUUCUCCAGAUUUUUAAAUCCUCCUUUUUAAUUUACGUUUUGGAAAAGAAUCCAGAGGAGGGAGGUUUUUCGAGUUGAAACGUCAGUGAAACAGCCAAACUUUGAGAGGGAGUGCCAAGUUUCAGAAAACAAUUACGCAAGAGUGGGAAGAUUUUUCCACAGCUUAUAUUUGUCUGCAGAAUUUGACUAUUUUCCUUAAAUGUAAACUGAAAACAACUUGUUCCUCCAGUUGUCUCUCAUGCCUGGCUCUUACACUACAUAGUAAAAGCCCCCUUGGGUUUCAUACAGCCUGAGCUCAAAUGGCUAUAAAUCACCAAAUCUGCUACAUGUGUGAAUUAUGAAGUUUAUUCCAAAUUAAACAGUUUUGCAUGUCAGUGUCCACAUUUCACAAAACACAGUCUGUAGGACAACCUGCAGCAAGUUAGAGACACAGAACAGACCAAAGAGAUUGAGUCAACUUCCCUCUUCUGAACAAGAGCUGCAAAUGCGUUAACAGAAAAACAAACUCUCUGAUCUUGACAACACUCGCCUCAAGAUAUUCAGCAGCUUUUAAACGGCAUCCCUGAGUUGUCACAGUCACGUUGCUAUUGGCUCUCCUGUCUGUCAGCAUUUGUGUGAGGCUCUGCGGCGCUCUGAAAGCGCCUUUCAUAAAAGUAAAAUGUGACUAAUUUCACCCUGUCCCACCUUCAGAGCUCCAUGAACAGAAUGGCGAUCCAAGCCCUGGAGAAGAUGGAGACCAGGAAGUUCAAGGCCAAAGGGAAGGGCCAGCGUGAGAGCAGUUGCGGAGCCUCGGACUCCCUGAGCAGCAGCUCCACCUCUGACUGUGCCAUCUGUCUGGAGAAGUACAUCGAUGGGGAGGUAAGAGGAGACCCCCACCCUUUGAUUUGACUUAAUCAGGUUUGUGUAAUAGACAGGGGGACUUUUGCUCGGACUGAUUCAAUUCAAACAGUUAUAAUGAUUGCACUGAACAGACUACUGUUUGCUGUUGGAGGAGGAUGUAGGGUCUAGCUCUGGUUAUAUACAUGCUGACGGUUCGAUGGGAGAAAAAAAAGACGGUUUUUGUGUGAAAGCUGUUGGAGGAUUGCAAAAAUACAGAUGAAAACGUGUCGCUUGUUUGCUUGUCUGUCUUUUUUCUUUUUGACUUUGCCACAUUGUUGGUUAAGAAGUAGGGCGAUAUUUUCUGUUUGCCGACCUUUAAUCACAACAGAAUAACUUUCUAAAAUCAAACACAUUUGACGUGUUUUGCAUACAUUUCUGGGCUGUUUCUUUGUCCAAAGUUGCUAAAAGCAGCAAGUUGGUGUCAAACCUUUAAACUCUGUCGGUGUUUGUGUGUUCGUCCACACGCUGAGCUUUGUUUUCUUUCCAUUCCAUAUUUUGUGGACAUGAAACAUAAUGCAGUUCUUCGGACAAUAGAAUGGAAGUUCCCCUGAUGUGCUCGGGGACCGCAGUCCUGCGAUCUUCGGUGACGUUCUUUCCGGCGCCUUUUUAGAUGUUUGGUUCAGUCUUUCAGAGCACCUGGAGAGAUAACGGUACCCAGACUGCUUUGGGCUGUGAUUAUGCUUCCUGUUUUCCCACUGUGGCCUUCUUUAAUCCUUCACAGAGUCAUUGUCAAAGUAUGUAUCCUAAUCUUGGACUUAAAGGGUUUACAGUAACAGCAUUGCUCACCCUCGUCAGGGACUCUUAGGGGAACAAUCCCUGGUGCCCAGGAGGACAUAGCUGGCGCAUGCAUGUGUGUUUUUUGUGGUUAUGUGUCUCUUUUGGUUAAGAGGAGAAGAAAACACAACAAAGCAAUGGCGCCAGGAUUGCACAGAGGAAGUGGCGAUAUAAAAGGCUGAAUGGCAUCAAAGCUGUUUUGGAGCAGUGAACCCAGCAACAAAAGGUUGGGUGGAAAGGAGCCCAAAGAUGAGUCACAUUGAGCCGCAGUAUUUCUGAGAGAGAAAGAGCUCUCACUGGAAAAGAAAAAUGUAAUUCAUAUUCAUAGUCUUCCUGAAUUCCUCCUGAAAGCCAGCGCUCCGUCUGAAUACAAAAUGUUGCAUUCUUUUCAUAUCUAUCCUCCAGUGUAAGCCUCUUGUUUGUUUUGUUCCUGAGAAUGGUGACAUUGAGCAUGAGAGUUGUAUUUGUGUUGCGGCGUGGCGUCGAGUUUAAGUGUUUUGUUUGUGACAUGAUGCAUAUUUGGCUUCACAGAAUUAAAAUUAAAACAGCAACAAAAAAAUCAGUAAAACGUUGAACAGUUCUGUGUAACUUUGCUGCCCCCCUCUGGUCGUUCAGCCGCUCUUCAACACUCAUUGAUUCACCUUCUGUCUGUGUCUGUGCCUUUCCCCUCCAGGAGCUGCGAGUCAUCCCCUGUGCUCACAGGUUUCAUAAGAAGUGUGUCGACCCCUGGCUGCUGCAGCAUCACACCUGUCCCCACUGCAGACACAACAUCAUCGGUGAGUUGGUGCAUCGCUGUUUGCGGUUUGUUUUCGUGUUUCUUUCGUUUGCCCGGUUCUAAAAUCUGUUUUUUCUUCCACAGAACAAAAGAAGGGAAAUCCAGGACCAGCCUGCAUGGACCCUGGCAACCCAGUGCAUGGCCGGCAGCGGGUAGUGCUGCCAGUCCACUAUCCAGGCAGGGUGCACCGAGCCGGCCAGGUGACAGCCUACCCGACUAGAACCAGCAUGGACCCCCACGGGAACCCCAUCACUGUGCUCACUGUGGACCAGCACCCAGACCCUCAAGGUCUGUACCCACCACAAUCAACAUCCGCCUUUCUCAGGAGCUAUCACCCCACCCUCCACUUGGACCACUCGCUCAACCCUCACCACUGCGGAUUAGAGCACCGCGGACCCCCAGCCUACCCCUCACAGCCACACCAUGCUGCUUUUAAGCGACCAAAGUUCCACGGUCGUAACUUUUCCCGAGCAGCCUGCUUCUCGCAGUACGAGACUAUGUACCAACACUACUAUUUUCAGGGCUUGACUUUCCCCCAACAGCCCGAGGGGGGCCAGGGGCCUGCUAUGGCAGGGCAGCUUGGUGGAGGAGGGGUCCACAAGGGCCACCACAGCAGGGCCUUUCAGCAGGGGCUGUUAUACCCCACAGUGGUACACAUGGCGCCGGCCUCUUCUUCGAGGAUUGGUGAAACCGGCAGCACCUCUGGCCUGAGCUGUUACCAUGGCCACCGAUCAGUGUGCAGUGGUUACCUUGCCGACUGUCCGGGUAGUGACAGCAGCAGCAGCAGCUCAGGCCAGUGCCACUGUUCCUCCAGUGACUCCAUGUUGGACUGUACUGAGGUCAGCAACCAGGGAGUGUACGGGAGCUGCUCCACCUUUCGCAGCUCGCUGAGCAGCGACUAUGACCCGUAUGUCUACAGGAGUAAGAGUCCGUGUCGGGGCUCCACGGGUGAAGCAGGGGCUGCGGCUUGCACCGCAGUUCCUGCUGAGGACUCAUCAUCCCCAGCUCCCCUGGGACAUGACUGCCUCCAGCUUCCUCCUGGAGCUUCGGGGUAUAACUCGGGGGACCACCUCUCCAACUGCAGCUUGGAGCCCAACUACAGCAGUCGCUCAUCACUGGAACCCAGGGAGAACAGCAACACUAGCACUACCUCAGCCGGGGCUCCAGAAGCUACCGGGGCGGACAGGGGGAAGGGGGCACAGGAGGAUUCGGGGGAACUCGGGGCUGCAGCCUGUAGCUGCUGCUUUGAGGUGCUUCCUCCCAAUGUGGAGUGCAAAGGGCAGGACUCGGACCAAGCUGGGCCUCUGGCCACAGGACGCUUUCACAGGGGGGUGGACUAUCAGAGCUCCACCUCCAAGAACUACUUUGCUCCUGAGCACUUGUGUCCCUCUGCAGAGCAGGUGAGCUACGAAGGGCUGCCCUGCUGCUUCUACAAAGAGAUGAAGGUCCACAGGGCCACAGCGGGGCGUUUCACAGAGGACUACGCUGUUAAUGUGCAGUAUGCACAUGCAGACUCAGAGGCCUGCUCGGGACAGGGCUGCUGUGAACUCAACCAGAGGAUACCCAUAAUUCCUGAGGACACAGAUUGUGAACUGGGCACAGGGGCAGAGACCCAAAGCAGUUUGUUGCCCAUCAGUGUCACAGUGGAGGCCGAGUCACGGACAGGGGAGCGACACGAGCCCAGGGAGGGGGGGUACUUUUCCUCGGGACAGUUCAGAGGUCAAUCGUACCCUCAGGAGGAGGAAACCCGGGCGUUGUUUCACCCUCAGCUCUCUAUGAGCCCCACUGCGCUGGGAAGCAGUACUUCGACAAACGAUGGAGGUCUGGGUGUGUGAACUUGUGCCCAGAGAGAGAGGACUCAGUCAAGAGGACGUGUUUGGUACCGUAUCAGUCAGUCAAUCAUUGAAACCCUCAGCUGCCUUGUUGUAACCUUGCUCUCUGAGCGCUGAAUGUUAUCAUCUUAGAUUGUGUGGAUUUCUACUGAAAUGGCCUCUCAUUUCUACAUAUACAGUGUGUAUCAAGUUCAUUCCUGUGGCCACAAACAUCUCAGCACCAAAAUAUGUGAGUUUAAACACCACUUGCAACAAAGACCCCAUUUACAGCUGGUGUUCAGAUAACACUAAACUGGAUUAAGAAAACCUGUUAACGCUAAAGGUGAGCACGUCCUAAUCAGUGAGAUUUCAGAUCUGACUUUGGCCAUCUAAAGGUACGGAGGCUCACUUUGUUCCCAGUUCAAAUGUGUGUGAAAAUACAAGUAUAUGAGCCUUUAAAUUAAAACAUCAAGCAUCUGUGCCUACAUCAUGAAUCAAGCGGGGUUUUCCUUUACCUAAAAAACUGAGACCAGCUUUAUAAAGGUGUAGGUGUGAAAGCAAAUUCAGGUAGUUUAAUAACACUUUGAAAUAUAUAUAUCAUGGAUUUGAUAACCAGAUGUAAAUGGGGUGGAAAUGAUGUAACACAUGUGGAGGAUGGAGGUUUUAAAAGUUAGCACAAGGGGUCGACUGAUUAGCAGAGGCUGAUAUACUUAUCACCGAUAGAAUUAAUCUACUUCAACGUGCUGUCUUUAAGCUCUACUUCAGUUCUUUUAUGCUGGUUGCCACAUGUCAUAAAACAGAGGAGAGACAAGCGGCAGCUGUCAGCAAGCUAGCUGUAGCAGCCCUCUGAGAGAUGACUUGGCACUUUUAAAAGCGACAUCUCGAGAUUCGUUGACAUGAGAGCUUGUGCUUCUUCAAGUAACUAAUCAAUUGAACAUUUAAACUUUCUGUUUCAAAUUAGUUUGAUUAAUUUAGGAUUUGCAAGAAGUUACAUAAACUUCAAAAUAAAAGCAGAGAUUUACAAUGUGGCGAAAAAGAAACCUCAACACAAGACAAAACCUAUCAAAAUAAAAGCAUGACAUGAUCUUUUCUGGGGCAACCCUAAAAAAACAACAUUGGUCGACCCCUAAGUUGGCACUCUGUUAUUUGGGCUUAUUCGCUGUGAGGAACAGGAUGUUUAGACUCCAUAUUUGGUGUAAAAUUGAGGAAUUUGAGCUUUUUCUACACUUUAAAUUCACAAACAUCUUUAUGUAUUCAUGCGCACAUGAACACUGACUGCCUAUAAAGCUUCAACCACCAACUCAAAUAGGUUGUACGGACAUAGCUAUACCAAAACAGAAAGACAUGAUUGUUUUUUUUUUUUUUUCCUAAUUUUCUAAAGCAGGGAAACGGGUCGAAGUGUCUGUGACCCACACGUUUCUCUGAGGAGAAGAAGCUAUAUUACAGAAAAAUGCAUCGAAAUGUGAAUGCAAGGCUGACACUGGUCUAUGUUCGAUAUGAUACUGAGUUUGUUUCAUGCAUUGCAUUUCUGUCCAGUUGUGGCCUACCUGUAUGAGACGUGCCAGAGCAACAUGAAAGCCUUAUGCUAGUUAAGCUAUUUGUAGCAAUAUGUAAAGAAGCUGCUCUGCUUUUGGUCUCGCCGUGGGCUGAAAGCAGCAGUGUGUCGGGGUCAGUAGAUUUCUUAAAAAGUAGAGUAAAGCACUCUACCUCUUGUUUGGAAGCCCUUAAAAGUGUUUUUUUUUUUUUGUCGUUUGUUUGUUUUGGUUUGUCGUCACUUAUCGGAUUUUCCCUCAAUGAGGCGUGCUCUCUUAAAUAUCUGUAAAGGUUCGAGCAUGUAUCAAAAGGCCAAAGGAAAGUAGCUGGAAAAGACUCAUUUUUUCACAAGGGUUCCUUAUUGUACUGUGACUUUUUUUUUUUUUUUUUUAAUGAUGCAGUUAUACAUACCACAGUGUAUCCGUUUGAAUCAUAUCGUGCCAUGCAUAAUACAUACUCACGAUAUCAAUGCUUGUCAUUCAUGCCUUUCUGUUUGUCCUGCAGACUGUUUUUAUACUGUUUCUAUGAAAUAUACACAUUCUCUACACAGAGGAAGACUUUCUGAAAUAACCCUAUUUAUAAGUUAACCCAGUGCUGUAAUCAAGUGAGAAUCUAAUCUUGCCUUUUGCAUAGAGAUAUGUACCUACUGCAAAUAUAACAUUUUGGGGUACUUGAGUCACUAUUUAAUUGUUUUGUUAUUGUUUCUAGCACUUAAGAAGAUUAAAAUGUGUACAAAAAUUAAUAUUUUUUAAUUUUUUAAGAGUAUAAUUAUUUUCUGUCAUUACCAUUACAAAUGUUUUAAAAAGGCUAGAAAUCAAUCUGUGUAUAUUUCUGUACCUGUAUAGCAAACACAUUUCAUAAAUGGAAAUAUGUUCUCUGAAUAUUUAUUUACUAAUAUAUUUAUCUUUAAGCCAUGUCUUAUGUUCAGAGUGUAUGAACGUUUGAGUUCUUUGGUUGCUUUUUAUUUUGAGAAAAAAAUCACUAACAUGAGACUUUGUAUAUACAUGGUAAUUGCACACAAGACGAUUAAAUCUUCUCUGACCAAAAAACUGAUUUUAAAACUUUAGUACCAUACAGUUUUGUAAUUAAAGUGUACAAAGAUCUGUAAAAUAUACAGUUUUAUUCAAGUAACUGCUGCUGUGGUGUCUUUCUUUGCAUUGCAUGUUUUUCACUUCAG